AUGGCCCGGGGAGGGGUGCCCCCCGCCUCAGCGCCUGGCCCAGAGCCCCUGCCCCGGCGCGCCCUGCGGAAGCUGCUGCUGGUCCUCGGCUCGCUCCUCAUGUCUCUCUACGCCAGUUACUGCCUGGCCGGGGCUGCGCGCGUCCUCACCAGAGAGCCGGCCCCGAUCCCGCUCGCGCCAGGCGACGAGGGCGCCGCCACGCCCCGCGAUCCUUCGCUGCAGCCCCAGGCGGCGGGAGAGGGCACCAAGCGGCUGCCGCAGGCGGUGAUCAUCGGCGUGAAGAAGGGCGGCACGAGGGCGCUGCUUGAGUUCCUGCGGGUCCACCCGGACGUGAGGGCGGCGGGCGCCGAGCCGCACUUCUUCGAUCGGAACUAUGGCCGGGGACUCGCCUGGUACAGGUAUGGAUGAGGAUGCGCUGCUCUUGAACGUUGGCUUGGCUCAGGAGAGGGACUGGGCGCCCCUUCUCCUCCCCUUCCUUACUCUUGUGUGAAUCCGGAUUCAGCCCUGCCCAGACUGCUACUCUUGAGAAAUAUUGUGUGGGCAAUUAAGGGGAAUCCAGUACAGAGAUAUGAACUUAGGGGUCCUGUCACUCAGUGCCACGCGUCCAAAUGUGUACAGCAGAAAGCCAUGCAUACUUACCUUGGGAAUUCCUAACCUCUAUGAACACUAAUACUUUCUCCUGCGUAAACAUGUAUAGGUUUUGAUUAUUAUUUGUGGUAAUGCCAAGGGUCUUAAAACUAUUAUUUCUGCCUUGGAAGCACUGCUUUUUAAUUUGAAGUGUAUGGGAACAUGCUGUGGUUAUUUAAUGCUGAGGGAAAUAUUAAUUGUAUAUGUUCAGAAACACUGAUUGAUUUGCAUAUUCCAGGACUGGCCAGGUCAUAGAGGGCAGAAUUACUUCUGGGCCUUUGAACAAUGGCGAGAGUAUUCCUAAACUUGCUUGGGUUCCUCUUAAGGAAAUGUGUGUGAUGCUCUGCCCAGACCAGUCCUGAGUCUCCCUCCCCCAUCAUGCUUUGCAAACUCUCCCUGAGACCUUGCUACUGUCCUAGGUCCAUAAAAUCUGUGAACAUUCCUUUCCACAACCACAGAAAUCUAUUGGCCUUUGCCCUGAGAUUCUCCCACCAAGAUUAAAGCCUUGUGUUUAAAACCCACUUCAGAGCUCCAAUAUCUCCUUCACAAAAGGCAAACUUUGAUGCCCAAAUCUUCCUAAAGCCUCUCGUUUUUUGUUUUUUGUUUUAAAAAAAGUCAAAGGCCUUGACACAAUCUUUUUGUAAACCACUUUGAAGUUUUAUUACAACCAAGUGGUAUAUAAAUCUUGUGGAAUAAAUAAAAUAAAUGAAUCAUUAACCAACCAUGAGACUGUAACUCCUGUCCACAGUCUCUCCAUUGACCUGUAUUUAUCUUCUCUGGUACCAAACCUAUGAAGGUAUCUCAGCCCUGCAUCUUUCAUUGUCUGACUUGAGUUGUUCUACCUCAACUGUCAAAGUUACUUAUAGCCCUGACUUUUUCACAAGGGUAACCACAGUGUUUUCACAACAAGGUAUGGGUAAAGCAGCUUUCGAUAGUUGGCCUUUUAAUUAAUAAGGUAUUUGCAUGCUUAAAGCUUGGUCUCCAGCCCUAUACUUCAUCUUCACACCUGUCCCACAAGCCCACCUUUAACCAUCACUCUGAGCACAACCAAUUGUACUCAGUAUGGCUACUCCUUGUGUAAGAUGUUUUGCAUCAGCCAGCUUUGAACCUCAGACGUCCCACAAAUGUGCAUCCCUAAGAGAGGUGCCCCACUCCCUAUAACUCCAUUUGCUCUUCCUACAUGCAGCCCCAUCUCCUUUUCAUGUUAUAUUAGGAACUACUUCCUAUCUUCACAACUUGAUCUGCAGCGCAUGUAUCUGGAAGUGAAGCGAACUCGCUUAAUUCCGAUAAAGUUUUACCAAGUCAAGUGUGUUCAGAGUUUCAGCGUUAAAAAGCUCAGAAGUCGUCUUCAGGACAUUGUUGCAGCCAGCUCCAGUCAGUCCUUCCUGAUAAAUAUUGUGAAUGCAUCAAACUUUCUGUAAAGAAAUCCUUAAUUAAUCGUCCUACAUUCCAUGAACCCACUUUCUCCCCCCUCUGAGCAAUCAACUCUAUUCGUUAUAUCUGACCUUUCCAGCCUCAGCCUUGAAAGUGACCUCACUCUGUAUCUGUCUUGGACCCCCCUUCACCCUUAUCUACAGGGUCAAAGAGGAGGUGUGCAAACAUGAUUGGCAAAACUCAAUUAAUCAAGGGCUCGUUUGGGAUUCGAGGGUGGGGUGAGGAGGUAGAAGAAAGGCAGCCCUUGGCAAAACUCUGAUUUGCAGGCGUGAUGCCAUGACUGCUUCAAAUUCGGAUUUAUAAUGCAGAAUAAAAAGUGGAACAGACUAUUUGGAACUGAAUGUGUGUUUCAGCCAACAGAGGUCUUCAGGUUUGAAUUCCUGAUGCAAGGAAUGUGAAGCUCCCAAUUUGCCACUUGUUCAAACAGUCUGAAAGGUGAUGAUUUCUGCAAAAGGACAGGCGGUUCUUUCUCUAGUUCCUUCCUCAGGAUUUCUCUUACUACUAGUUCUUAAAUUAAAACAAACUGUAAGAAUAACAGCCCAUCUAAUUCCAUUAAAAGGGAUGUGCAUUGCAAAACAUGGGUAGGCUCUCAUUUUUACAGACUUGUAUCUAGCAAAAUUAAAAAGAAAGAGGGGUGUUUUUUUUAGAAGUUAAGAAAUUAGUUGUGUGUGCUCACUGAUUGUCUGUUUUAAAGCUCUUAACAACAUUCUUGCCAGUGGAUUGUGGGAAAUUAGUGCAGUUAACUGCCUCUCUGUUCCUGUAAAUACUUUUAUCGUUUUAUUUCUUCUGCCAUUGACACAUUUAUGCAGUCAUGAGGGAUUUGUGCAACUGGAGCCUUUGAUGGAGAAUUUUUGAUGCUGUGCAAAAGGUCCUUCUAAAAACCGUGGGCCCAAUCCAGAGGCAAAGUUAGGUGUGCUUGACACUACAGUCUUGUAUGCAUCUAGUCCAACCUGCUGCAUUGCAGGAAUCUCAACUAGAUCAUUCAUGACACCUGGUCAUCCAACCUCUACUUGAAAACCCACUAGGAAGGAGAGUCCACCACCUCUUGUGAGUGUCUGUUCCACUGUUAACUGAGGUUUAUUCCUUGGUAAGUGGGUGUUUUUGAUAUUAGAACUAUAUUCACCCUUUCCCAACUUUGGGAGGUGGGUAUGCCAGUUGUGUGAGGCCAAAAGUAGGUGUGGCUGUGGCACAUUCUUGCAUGCAUAGACACACAGCCUGUCGCUCCUCAGCUGAUCUGUGCAGAUGAGCUGGGGGUAUUGUCCCCUUUCAGCUCUGCAAAUGAUUAAACUGAUGGCCACAGAAGGGACAACAUGCAUCCCUAUCAGGGCCCCUGUACAGUGUCUCCUUUUUUUGUUUUUGCUGCUGCCAAAAUCAGUGGGUUUAGGGGCCAAAAUAAAAUUGACCGGAGGGCUGCAUCAGACCAGGGCUUAGCCACCUUCGGGGUAUAGGCUUGCAUCCUCUCUCACUGAAACCAGCAAGGGUUAAUACAUUUUUGGUGUAGGAGAACAAAGGAAGCUGCCUAUUCAAAUGGUGAAGUUUUAUUCCAAGUCAGACAAUUGUUCUGUAUAGCUCAGUGCUGUCUACACUAACUGGCAGCGACUCUCUCAGUUAUGAGGCAGGAGCUCUCCCCAGCUUUUCCUGGAGUUGGCAGGGCUUGCAGCUGUAGAAUUACACAUGUGUCACAGGCCGCUAUUGGGAAAUGCUGUGACAGUGCUAAUGAGGAGCUACACAGUCUCCAUCCUUCUUGCGCCUUGCUGUGAUCUGUAGAAACAGUUGCUGAACUACAACACCCAUAAACUGCAUCCUGCAUGGCCAAUGGCAAAGGAUGAUGGGAGCUGUAGUGCAGCAACACCUGGAGAACCACAGGAUUCCUGCACCUGGUAUACUAGACAGACUGCUGGACUUGUGCUGGAAAGGGGUACACUUCUUCCACCACCCCUUUUUUUUGGAAGGGGAAUGGUUGUGUGAAUCAGGCAUAUGCAAGCAGAGCAAGUAUGAUUGGCAAACACUUUUUGUAAAUGGCAGAAGGGACUUUACCCUUUCAGCUUUGGGGCCAUGUGUGAUUGUUUUGACCCCUUUCAGGGUGUGAGUAGAAUUUCCUUUGUUUUCUUUCAGUGUCAUCGUCAUGUAGCCAAAAGUGAUUGUUUAUGCAUCAUCAUGGGCUCAUCCACACAGGAGCUUGAUGUGGGUUUGAAGCUCCUUGCCAGAUGACUUUUUUGUGGGGGGGGAGAGGGUUGCCACUAUCCACAAAACAUCCUGUGAAGCCCAUACUUUCCCCCCAAUUUAUCCCCCAUGGAUAAAUCUGAUAAAACCUCCAGCAUGAAAUUGCUUGUUCCCUGAUGUGCAUUGUGAGGUCACAAUGUGGAAGGGCUCUUUUUUUACACGUGCAGAUAUCUCAUUGGGUGUUGUUUUCACCAGUUGCUGCUGAGGACGUGGUUGUGGUACACACACAAACACACACACACACACACACACACAGCUGUUUUGUGUGAAAUUGCUGUUGUGCAAAACAGCUGUAUUAAAAAUGAAACUGGCCCUUCAGGAUAUAAACAGGAGUUGGCAGGUACAGUAGGAAGGAAGGAAAGAAAAAGAAAACACUCGCUCUCCAAAUCCCACCACUCAAGAGCACUCUCUUCCCCCCCACCAGCCCAUCUUGUCUCAGCUAUGUAUGCCUGUGUGUGAAAUGCAUUUACAUUUAAUUGUUGACUGCCCAGAGAUUAUUAGUUAUUGGGUAGUAUAAAAGCACUGUCAAUGAAUGAAUGAAUGAAUGAAUGAAUGUUACCAAUCCAUGCACUUGUGCUAUUUUGCCUGAUGGCUUGACCGUGCCAAGUAGCAUUCAGCAGGAUUCACUGCCCCUCUCGCACCCCACACCCCCAAACUGACUACUUUGACAAAGCAGCUACCCCCACUUGUGCCUCCUGAUGGGCUUGUUUCAUGAAACUUGAGUGGGUAGAGAGAAGGGAGAUCACAGUUCUCUAUCUCCACUGAAAUAAGCUGAAGCCAGAUCAUAGUAGGGUUAGAGAAAGCAGCCCUAUUGGUGUAGUGGUUAAGAGCACUGUGGUUAAUCUGGUGAACCAGGUUCACUUCCCUGCUCCUCCACAUGCAGCUGCUGGGUGACCUUGGGCUAGUCACACUUCUCUGAAGUCUCUCAGCCCCACUCACCUCACAGAGUGUUUGUUGUGGGGGAGGAAGGGAAAGGAGAUUGUUAGCCACUGUGAACUCCUUAGGGUAGGGAUAAAGCGGGAUAUCAAAUCUAAACUCUUCUUCUUCAAACUCUUAAUAUCCCUAGCAACAAAUAAAAAUGCAUAUGGAAAAGUCACAGCCUUUUAUCCAUUUUAUUUCUAAACUGCUUUGCAUGGCAACUGGGAUAGGGGAGAUCCUGAAAGAGAAAGACUUUCAUUUGGGAUUGCCAAACAAUCACCUCACCAGGGCUCUGUGCCUUAGAUGGACAGCUUGACAGAAACCAGAGUAGGAGAAUAUGUGGUUCCAGCUCCAUGCUGGGACCACCCUCACCUGUCACAUGCAUGCCUAUCUUGGGCCCUGUCUGGAACAAGCUAGGUCACCAGGAUGCUAUCAUUGAGGAGGGAAAGGGGAGGCACAGAAUAUUUGCCAAGUGUUAGGCAGCAACUGGAACACAUCCAAAGCCCCUGAACACCAGCAGCUGUGCUUGUUAGGAGUGAGAGAGAAGAGGGAGUAGUGGCCACCUAAGUGCUCAGACAGUGUUCAGGUCUCAACCACUCCUCACCACCAAUCAUCAUGGGAGGGGGAUUCAGUGGCUGAAUUCUCAUAGUUUUUCAUUGCUGUUCAUUUGGGCUGUGAUCUUCUAAGGUAGAUGUCUCAUGACUGUUUGGACAGCAGUGGUGGCAGCUGGAGGGGAGUGCCUGGCCUUUGUCAACAGGGCACUUAACCUGAAUGUAUUCACCUAUAGUAAAGUAUGAGUGAGAGAGGUAUGGGAGACAGUCACGGCAAAUCAUACUUGGCCCCAAUGCUUUCUCUUCCUUUGCUCACCUGCUCUGCCCUUGCAUCCCCAACUGUUGGUGUGGAGCGUAGUGUUUGCAGUUGGUAUGGAGUCUGGUGUUUGCAGUCUCCAGUUUGUGGCUGGAGUCCCAGGUUUGAGGUGCAUGUUAAGGUUCUUAGAAAGGAAGUGCUAGCAGUGCGUUAAGUCCCCAUGUGUGUUGCAAUGUCAGGCUGCUUGUGCAGGUCUCCCUUUUGUGGCAAGGUGCUCAGAACUACCCCUUGGGAAGUCUAGGUAUGACACGAGGCCAGAGAAGUAUCAUCCCAUGCAUUUGCCUUAUCCUCUUCUUAGGUUUACAUACAGUCGUACCUCAGGUUAAGUACUUAAUUCGUUCUGGAGGUCCAUUCUUAACCUGAAACUGUUCUUAACCUGAAGCACCACUUUAGCUAAUGGGGCCUCCCACUGCUGCCGCGCCACCGGAGCACAAUUUCUGUUCUCAUCCUGAAGCAAAGUUCUUAACCUGAAGCACUAUUUCUGGGUUAGCGGAGUCUGUAACCUGAAGCGUAUGUAACCUGAAACGUAUGUAACCCGAGGUACCACUGUACCAGUGGGUGAUGUGCUGUGAUUGGGUGUGCCCCAUUUCAGCCUUUCCUUCAGCAUACUUGGUGUUCUGCUUGUGUAGUGGGGCUCUCAGUCAGUGGGUGUUUAGUGUAUGAUUGUAUCCUAAGUUUCUUCCAUCCUGUAGCUGAGGGCUGUGCAACACCUUGCAGGAAUGUCUUCAGUUCAGACCUGACUCCCACCCUCCACUCCGCUUCAUUUCCUUAAAUAAGCCACUUUCACAAUGGUAGAAUUUUGAGAAAUCUAAUAAACGCCGGUUACAGGAGGUGCCUGCAAAGACAGCUUUAAUCAAAUCCAAUCAAAUAUUUUUUAAUAGAAUGCAUUCAUCAUUCAUUGGGAAAGGGGACAAAAAAAGAGACCACAAUGUGAAAAUAAACAUGAAAGCCAAAGGGCAAUUGUCUUAUUUGCAAUUUGCAUUGUUUAGAUGGUUCUCCCACGUGCUCCUGUCAUUUAAAGUUAAUAAAGUUGUGUCCUCUGGCAAGUUAAUAUGAAAAUAGCUUGUUGGCUCAGCAAGCAAUUUGUCUUUGUUGCACAGCAGAAAUGCUUUGUUUCCCGUCAAGUACGCAGGAGUGGAACAAAGGGCUUUAAGGCUGGGAUUGGUGCACACUUAGCAAUGAAACAUCCUUCCAAAUGAUCAUCAGUAGGUCUUCCCUGUAAAGUCUAGGAUCGGGUAAGACUUCAGUCAAAGGCUCACUUGCUAGGGAAAUGAAUGCAGAAUGUGUACUUACUCUGAGUACACAUGCUAAUGAUUGCACUGUACUCCUCGGAUAACACCUAUUUAGCUAAGUUUUAUUCAGAGUACACCCACUGAAAUGAAUUAACAUGACUAAGUUAGGUCCACUGAUGUCAGUGGGUCUACUCUGGGUAAAAUUGUGUUGAAUAUCACCCCUUGUUCUGAUCUGACCUCAAUUAUUCCUGUGGUUGAACCUGUUGCUUGAUUGGUUUGAAAGAGUAAGGAUAAAGGGAGAAGCAGAACAAGUUAUGUGCAGUGCCGUCUGAUGUAUGUCUGCUCAAUAAUACAUCCUACUGCAUUCAGUAGGGCUUGGAGUAAGUCUUGAGCUACAGCCAGAAUGUCUAAAUCAGCAAUCCUGUAGACACCUACCUGGGAGUGUCUACAGCAGUGGUUCUCAAAGGGUGUGGUGCAACACAAUGAUGUGGCAAGAGAGGAUGGCAAGUGUAGUGGGAAGAUUCAAGGACAAUCAUAUAUUUUGGGAAUGAUUCAUGUUCUUAUGUAGUUGCAUUUCUGGGUGUCCCGUGAUCAUAUUAUAAAGUUGUUGUGUUUUAUGUUAUAAAUCAAGCACUGCUAGGAGUUGCUUUGUAUUGUUCUCCAGUGUAUUUCCUAUCAAUAAAAAAAUUGGUGUGGUCUGAGCAAAGGUUUAUUCUGAAGGUGUGGCCCAGAGAGAACCACUGGUCCAUAGGAUCACAGGCUUAGACAUUCUGGUUGUAGGCCAGGAAUGGGAACCUCCUUACCAUUUGUUGUGCUCGCUGGGGCUGAUGAGAUCUGGUGUCCAACACUUUCUGGAGGGCCACAGGUUCUUCAUCCCUGUUGUAACUGAAGCAUUGUUCUUGAAACAGGAGUCACAUAUUUAGAUGCCAAUUUAUGCUCCUUUAACCCCAUGAAUUCUGUGGUAUACCGACCAGAUGCAUUUCCCCCCGGAUAAUAAAGACUUUCUAUUCCUGAAACCCAAAGCUGUCUGAGGAAUGGUAUUUUCUUAACUGUGCAGUUAUCCAAUUUUGCGUGCCUUGAAAGAGAAUCAGAAAGGAAACAUUAAAACUUCUGAGGUUUUUCACAUUUAUUUUUAAGCACAUUUUUCUUGACUUUGAAAAUAAACACCUGACUUUGGGGACAGUGUGUGGUCACAAAGUCUGGCUGAUACUCAAGGAAACUGUUUUAUAUUUAGUUGUGAUCCUAAGGAGACUUGGACAUAAAUUCCAGUGCAAUCAAGGAAAUAGCUUUGGGAGGAAACUCUUUGCAUAUAGUUUCAGAAACUUUGUCUGAGUAAAGAAUGCAGGAUUGGAUAAAGGAGCUGCCUCAUCAGCGGUGGAUUUAAGGGAGCAUGACUGGUUCAGUCACACUGGGUAUGGAGCCUUGGAGGUGCCACAACUGUGAUGUAGAAUGGAAGAUAAGAGGUGGGGGGGAGGGCACUGCAUAAAUUUGAGACCCCGAGUUGUGUCACAGGCCUCAAACAUUGCAGUGCAAUUAAUUUUUUUUUAAGUGGCCAUAAUAAUUUUCACAUAGGUACAAUAGAUCUUGGAGACACUUUGAUUUCUGCAUGGUUUUAUUUAAUCUAUCCUAUAGUUCAUUACCACAACCACCUUUCACCAUAUUGUGGUGAUUGGAGUGGCUUCAGAAAACAAUACACUGCAAUUAAAAGCUAAACCAAUCCAUCAAAUUGAAACUGUGGCCACAGAGCUAUUUGACACUUUAACAGAUCGCUGAUCUGCACUGAGACAGCUUUUGAAAAGUUGUAGUCCAACUCAAGUACAUGUGAGUCUGCCCUAAAUUGCCCUGAUUUGCCUCAUUACACAAGGUACACAGAAAACAGAGGCACACUCAUAGAGCUGGAUUCAGCUAAUGAGUCCUAAUAGCAGAAGCCUGUGGAAGGUCUUCUGCUAGCGCAGUGGGACUUUUCACCCAUGUGUGCUCCCCACAUUGGCUUUGGAGUGGUCAGGGAACCCCAGAGCAGUGCAUGAGAGGAGAGGAGAGAUUGUUCCAUCCGGCAAGCUGAAAUGCAACAAUCUCCUUAACACUACACUGAAUUCCUCCCCAUGCAUUUAUACAUUAGGAACUAAUGUCUUUAGGAAUAAGAUGUCAGAGUGAGAUCAGUAAAAGGAUGCCAUACAGUGGUACCUCAGGAUGCGAACGGGAUCCGUUCUGGAGCCCUGUUCACAUCCCAAACAGAAUGUAAGACGCGACAGUGCGUCUGCGCGUGUGCGGGAUGCGUUUCGCUGCUUCUGCGCAUGUGCGUGAUGUCAUUUUGACCAUCUGCACAUGUGCGAGCAGCAAAACCCGGAAGUAAUGCGCUCCGUUACUUCCGGGUCACCGCGGAGCGCAACCCAAAAGCGUUCAACCUGAAGCGUAUUUAUCCCAAGGUAUGACUGUAUUUGCCUUUGGGAUUUAGGAAGUAAGAGGGGAGACCCACCAGUUCAUGGUGACAUUUUUUUUUUUUAAAUAACUUAAAAAAAAAAGCAUUUACUGUUUUCCAUCUCGCUCCUUAGAGUGAAUUGAAAAUAGUGUUAGAUUAACCUUGCAUGGAAAUAUAUGGAGGAUGAACUGUUGAUGGGCAAGUUCAGUAAGUACUCAAUAUAAUUGGUGACUAUUCUUAUACGAAAAAAUCAAAGCCAACAAAGUACUUGUUUGAUUCCAGUUCAUAUUUUUAUAGACCAAAGCAAUUUGCAACCAAUUUUCUCUGAAGUAGAUACAUCAGGACUACUUGGGAGUAAGAUUUGAGGAUCGUUGUUACAGCAUAUAUUCCAUGUCUCCUACAAAGCUGAAGAUAAACAGUGCAAUCCUAUGCGUGUUUACUCAGGAGUAAGUUUCACUGUGUUCACGAGGCUUACUCUCUAGUAUGAGUGUUUAGGAUUGCAGGCUACCCAAAGCUUUUUUUGUGGAGGGAAGAGCAUUUUCCUGAUAAAACUAUUGGCCAGUAUAGAAAUCCCAUCCCUAAUUAAGCUCCAAGCCAUUAAAACUAGCAAAUACAACAUACGGAUGUUUAUGUUAAAAUAUCCUAGUGGAACACGGUGUUUGGAACAUGCAAUUAGAAGAGCACAGUGGCUUUAACAUCAGUCUCUCAAGUUGUUCUCUUGGGUUAGUUUCUAUUUUUUACUUACACAAGAGGACAACAGUGACCUCUACAGUUGAAAAUAAAACAUUAAUGGACCUACUAGAACGGAAAUAUUUAGUAACGAAGCAUACAUUUAAAAAAUGAUGCAUAGAAACAGAGUUUCAUGUUGCUUUUCUAAUGAGAAAUCAAAAGUUUAGUAAUAUUGUGGACAGAAGCUGAGUAGGUCAAUCUGAUUAAGCUCUUUUAUUUCUUAAAAAAACCCCAACAAGACAGUGAUUUUGAAGACUAUAGGAAAGCAGAGUGUGCUCCUCUAGCUAAUCCCCCUGUUAGCCAGUUAAAUUCUUUCUGCUUGCUUAUGGAUCAGAAUCGGAAAUGAAACAUGUCUGCAGCGCUGCAUGUUGAUUCAAGGGGAACAAAGUCUCUUCCCUGCUCCCACCCAUACCUUCCCUUAAGAGCACAUCUCUCCCAUUGCAAAGGCAGAUCACCCACUGCAGAGAUCCUUAUUUAAACACAAUAGCGGGGCUUUAAAUUUGAAAGCUGUGACAUCUCAAUGGAUGGAUCCAUGUGGGCUGGAUAUUUUGGGGGAAGCUGAGUGCCUGCAGCAGCUUUCUCUGCGUUUCACGUCUGCAAGUUCCUAGGUUCACAAGGGAGAAAUUGGGAAAGGAGUGAGUUGGGGGGGAGGGGGAGGGAAGCCAGUCACAAUGGCCUCAUUGAUUUAAAAAAUUGAGGAAUCGUUGGACAAGUCUAUUGAGCAGGCAGAGUUCAAUAGCAGGUGAAGCUUCCCCCGCCCGCCCCCUUCCUUCAGUGUAAUGUGACUUUAUAAAGCCUGAGGGUGAAGGAAACCUUAUGUAGGUUGUGUUAAAAAUUGUAGGGGAGUAAGUUACAAAGGAUGGGGUGGGGGUGGGGGGAGAAAAGAAAUCAUUACUAAGGACAUUAGGGUGAAGGGUUGUUUUUGAGAGGUGCUAUUUUUGCCUUCUGAUCCUUUGUUUAGUCCACCACAGAUUCAGUUGCCCACUGGAAUGCCAUUAUCCCUUCAGUCACUCCAAGAUCGUCUAUUUAGUAUGUUUUAAUCUUGCCUGCCUUUGUAAAGCUGCCACUGGAUUUGCGAGAAGAAAAGAAUGCCACUAUCUUAGGCAGCGUUCUGCAAGGAGAUGAAAGAUGAUUCAGUAUACUUUUCUUUCAAGGAUCUCUGUGUGUAUGUGUGGGGGGUUAAGUACUGGCACUCCUCGAUGCUUCAGAUCUGGGAAGUUCUGUGUCUUCUAAUUAAUACUGUUUCUUUGCUUACACACAUCUUCCCCCUCCCUCAAAAGGCAGCUACGAAUGGUGGGAAUCAAAGCAAAGGCCAAAGUUUGCACUUCCUUGAAAAGGGCUUGGAGAGAAGCCUGUUCCAGCAGCUGGAGGCAGCUGUGGAGCCCCUGCUUCCUGUACGGCUUCCCGUCCUCAGUGCCUCAAGCUCUUCCUCACAUGAAAAAGUUGCGAUGGAAUCUGAGCCUUGGGGACUGAGCACUUGGCUGCUGUUGUGGCCUGUCUGCGCGUGAGAUGGCUUAGCAAAAUGCAGGGUCCAAAGGGCCAGAAUGGGGACCUUCACAGCUCUGAAAGAAGCCGUAGUGCUUGGCAUGCCACCCAUCAUUUGGAGAAGGGUUGGGUUGAUUAAUAUGCACUGUAUGCAGGUUACAUUUAAGGUGACAGUAAGCACAUUUAAGCUUUGAAGGGAUUUGUCUGUUACAUCUCUGUACUCCCCCAUCACAUUCAGUCUUCUUGGUAGAAAUCAGGAGCAGGAAUUGGGCUUCUGUUCUUGAUCUCCUGCUUCUCUUACCAAAGGCGGGGAGCUAAUUUCCCAGCUGGAGGUGAAAUUCAGCAUUCAGAGAGCUGUAGAAUCUUCCACUCAGCCCAAAAUCUUAGGAACAUAGGAAGCUGCCUAAUACAGAGUUAGGUUGUUGAUCCAUCUAGCUCAGUAUUGUAUAGAUUGACUAGUAGCUGUUCUCUAGGAUUUCCAUCAGUAGUCUUUUUAGCCAUAUCUGGAGAUGCCAGUUAUUGCACUUGGGACCUAGUACAUGCAAAGUAGCUUCUCUACCAUGACAAGAAGGAAGUAGCUAGAGAGAAUGAAUCGUGGUUUCACUUGUCUUAAUACUAAUGCACAGGGCAUAGAAAACAAGCAAGAUGAGGUUGAGCAUUUAAUAAAGCAUGGCAAAUAUGACCUAAUAGACAUUACUGAAACCCUGGUGGGAUGCGACUCAUGACUGGAAUGUAGAAAUUGAGGGGUGUAAGCUAUUCAAAAGGAAUAGACCAAACAGGAAGGGACCACCAGCAGCAUUACAUGUAAUAGAAUGCCAAGAAUGUAAGAUCCAAUAAAUUACUCAAUUGCCUUGCUGACAAUUUCAUUUCCUAGGAGGUGGUGUCUUCCAACUCUGCGGUUCUACGAAGAAAAUAGGACUUACUGAAUACAUGUAUCUAGGAGUUCACUUUCAGAUAUUUUCUUCUCCCUGCUGAAAGGGGAGAAAAGAAUGGGAAAAGAUAAAGUUUGUUAGAAACAUAGGAAGCUGUAAUUAGUCCAUCCAAUUCAGUACUCUCUGUGCCAGGGGUAGCCAAUGUGGUACCUCUAGAUGUUGUGGACUACCACUCCCACCAUUCCUGACCAUUGGUCAUGUUGGUUGAGACUGAUGGAGUAGUAAACCAAAAUUUGGAAGCCUUCAAAUGGCAGAAGAUUUGCACCUCUCUGGCCUUCAUUAACAUUGCUCUGUUAGGCUGCAAUCCUAAACUCUCUCACCUGGGCAUACUCAAUGAGGUUCACUUCCAAAUAGGCUUGUACUGAUAGGUUUGCUUCAUUAAGUCCAAUGAAUUUAAUGGAACUUAUCUCUGAGUAGACAUGCCUAGGACUGCACUGUAAACUCAACUAACAAACAUUUUAAAUAUUUGGACUCCACUCCUCCGGAAUAGUGUCAUGGAUUCCACUAUUUUAUCAUUUCCCCCCUUCUUCCAGGCUCCCCUUCUCAUAUGCAGAUGUGUGUUUACACAUAUGCAUCCCUGAACUGGUACCAGUAGACUUGGUUUUAUGUGCCAGUUAUCUCCUCGAAAGGGCAUCAUAGAUUAUUGUUUCAGGGUGUGUUUGUAAGAUGUUAUUCUUCAGACAGAUGGCAAUCCCUGUGCCUGUAGUCUGGCUUCAGGCACAGAAUCCUAUAAAAGCAGCUGUCGGCUCCUUAAUGAGCUUUUGAACUCUGACCUGUCAUUCGGAGGGUCGGGGUUUUCACAGGCUGGCUUUUGGGAAGGCAGUGUCUCUUGAAUCACACUGUACCCUGUGUCUGAAGCCACAAGGUGAUUACCAGGAAAUAAUUCCAUGAUGGCAGCCUCAUACAUGUUUAAUUAGUUUAUGGCAAGAAAGAAAGAGAGCCCCAGACCAGCUGACUGUGACAUCUGGGUGUGUGGGGUGAGUGAAGAAGGUACAGUGAAAUUGGUAGGGCAUACAAAACUUGUUGUGUUCAGUUGCUGGGUGUUUCUUCACCUUUGGGUUUCAUGUGAUGUGCUCAUGCAUAUUACACCUCUGGCAAGAAAUCCUUUGCCUACACCUUCAAACAUCUGUCACUCAAACACACACCUUUUCCACUGUCCUCUGUGAGUUGGAGUGUGUGCAGGACCUCUCAGAGGUUCAGAGAUGUCUGGGCCACUUCCAGCUUUUGAGGCCGGUAGCCGUAAUAAAAAAAACAAAAAAAUAAGCCUGAUGAUUCAUGAAAACAAUAAGUGGUUUGUUUAUAUAAUCAACUGUCCUGAGAGAACAUAUAUAUAUUAUUAUUAUUAAUGUUUAUGAACGCUUAUAAAUCCCCAACAUGACAAAAUCUAUGUUGGUUAUCAUAACAGUAUGCCUUUUAUCAAAUCACAUCUCUUAUUUGCUGGAAUUUGCAGCUCUAAACUGAGAGACUUGUGUCUAUAUUUGGGGCUCUCUUUGAGCUCGAGGCCCAGGUCAGUUGGCUCUCCUGCCCCUCUCUCCCUGAUCAGCCCUGAGGGUGUCUGGAGAUGACUUCUCCACACAAAUGCAAAUGCAUUAAAAAUGAAGGCAAACCCACCAUUCUCUUUUCAUUCCCUAAGUGUGACUGCAAAGUUGUGUUUACAAUGUGCCUGAUUGUCCCAGUGACUGUGGACACCACAACAAUCCAUAUUCUGCUGUUUGUCUUCUUGUCAGGAAGAGCUUGUAUGGGUUUUGGGACUUUGUCAUCUUGCCAUAGCCUCUUCCUACUCACUAAACCCUAUUGCCCCAUCUGCUCCUGACUCCUCCUCCUUGGAGUCCUCACUCUGACUGCUCAUCAUCGUCCCACCACCAGUCCCCUGACUCUGAGUCUUCUUCCCAUGGGAUUCCCUAGCUGGUGGCUCCUGCCACACUUCUACAUCCAGCCAGUCCAUGACUGCACCCACAUGUGGUUUUUAAUUUUAAUUUUUAAAAGGCCAUUCAGCAGAAUUGGAAUGCAAGCAAAAGUUAACUUCUCUCUAAAGACUCUCUCACUUCCAUCCUUCUUAUUAUACAUUGAUGUCUUAUGGUAUAAUUAUAGUGGUAAACAUGUCACCUCAGAGUUCACUGGAACUUACUCCACAGUAAGUACGGUAUGUAUAGGGGUUGCAGUGUUAGUAAUACACCAUGACUUAACCUUUCCUAGAAAGUAUCCAAACUUAGCCUAGAAAAACAGUGCAAAGAAAAAAAUUCUGUUCACAGUGUGUUCAGGUGUAGUGAAAAGGAAUCGAUCCGUUCCAGCCUGUGUUUUUCCUAUGCUCUGUACUUGUAUAAAAUAGAAAAGUUAAAUCAUUGGAAUUUAUGAGGUUCAACUUCUCUAAUUUAAUAUGUCUAUUGAUUUCUCCCGACCUCUUUCUUGAAUUAUAGCCCAUCCUUUCCCAAACGCUCAAGUGGGUAACAAUGUUGGAAUCAUCAAACCUUCCAGAAUAAUCAAAACUAUCCUUAUCUUUCUCCCCACAUCAUAAAGUCCCCGUUUAUAUGACUUCUCUGGACACUUUAAAAAUAUUUCAAAUAUUUCAGUAAAAGUGGCAUCAUUCUCUGUGCAUAAAUGCACAAUCCAAAUGUUCCAUAGAUUCCGUUUUCUAUUUCUCCCCUUUCUUCAUCACCCUAACCCGAUAGAAAAAGCAGGUACUACUGUCAGUUUGUUCAUUAUUUAUCGCUUCAAUUUACAUCCCACCCAUCAUCAUUUUCAUCCUCUGGGCAGCAGAGGAAGUCUACAGCUGCCCCCUCUGGCAAUCAAAAAUCUUUCAUUUCCUCCAGCCCUUCUGAAGGUGAAGUUCCUGGGUUUGACCAAGCUAGAUCUCUCUCUUGCCCCACUCCUACACGCUAAUAAAAUUCUUCCAAAGUUGCCUGCUUUUGAAGGCUGGGAUAAAAGCUCAUGGGAGGAAAGUAGGAUGAAGAAUUUGAGUACUCUCAAGGGCUACCUCACCUUGGAGCAAGUUACUGCACUGCCUCCAGGCAGCAGAUUCUAGAGAGUAUAUGCUGUGUGUGCUAUUUUAUUGCCUCCAGCCUGCAUCUCAGUGCUGACAUGUUUGCUUUCAAAAAUGAGCUGAGGAGCGUUGUUGUUUUGACUGAUUUGCUUCAGGCAUGGAAAUAUGUAGGGCCAGGGCUGAGCCUUUCCCUUGGCAUCUAAUCUCACCACCAAUCCUUUCGCCAGGCUAUGUGCGCUUCAGGACUCAAACUUCUCAUCACCAAUCUGCAAGCAAAAGCCCACACAAGCACCAUUAGAACAACCCAACCCACUAGGUUAAAAAAGGUGAUAAUUAACUGCAAAAUUUCAAAUAGUGGACUAUCCUUUGCAGAGUUCUUCACACAGGCUCCUGUAUAUUUAGGCAUAACCUUACUUUAUUAUCUCUAAGGGAUAUGUGGGGCUUCUGCAAUCAAUGUAGUUCUAAGCAAGUUCUCUUGCACUGGUUUUUUUUAAGGGUAAACUGAGGGAGAUUUGGGGUGAUAUGCUACUAAGUUUUACUCAGAGCAGACCUGUUGAAAUUAGUGGACCUAACUAAGUCAUGUUCUUUAAUUUCAAUGCAUCUGAGUAAAACUUAGUUGAAUACUCUCCUCCACCCAGCUGAGAAAUGUGGGACAUGCAUAGAAUUACCAUUUUGACUGGAAACAAGGAUAACAAAUGAUUGUAGGAAUUUAUGCCUUCUAUCCUGAUACAUGUGAAUGUUCUUUCCUUGUCAAGCAGACAGUGCUGCGGAGGUGGAGUCUGUCUGGGGAGUUUUUUGAAGUAACCUAGACAGAGAUCCAAGUGAGAGGGCUCCUUUCUCAGCCCCUUGGCAAGAAGCUAUGGGUGGGUAGCUGGAGACUUAGCAGAAAAGGCCUUGCUGGUGGAGGUCAUGAAGAGGUCUUUGGCCUGUUUUCUUCAAGGAACAUAAGCAUUAAUCCCAGGAUCCUAGCUCAGGUAAUAUUACACUUUCCCCCGUGAAACUGACCCUGCAGUUUCCAUUAGCAUUCUCCACCUCCCGCCACUAUACCUUUGCCUGCUGUUUAACAUUGUUCUAUGCAAGGUGCGGAGGGGAGGGAGAGUUCUGGGAUCUAGCCCAGGAGUGGUUGAAUUUCAGUGCUGAACUUUUGCCUAUAAUCAACAAAGUUCUUGGAGAGGAAAAAAGGGUAUGCAAGGGAAUCAGUGUGCACGGUGACUGCAAGAUGAUAGCUUUGAAACAGUGACGUGGCUCUCCCUCAAGGGACAUAGAGGAAGGAGGGUACAACAUUUGGUGGGUGGAUAGGUUCCUUGCUUUCCUAUCAUCACUACAUAGUAUUGAGCAUGUUCAGAUGAGCUGCCACAUGCUUCCAACGAAUGUGCUCACUGUCCAUGCAUUUGGUCUUGGUAUGAGAGGGGUCCUAUGCGCAUAUGGAUGGAUGAGUAUAGGACUUUUCAACAGAAGUAAGAAACCUGGCCAAUCAGGGAUCCCCCUCCCAUGGAAUAGACCUAUGCAAGUAGACCCUCUUGCACAAUGCCACCAAAUGUAUGGUUAGUGGGGGUGUUGGCAUCAAAGAGGUGCGGGUUAUGGGCGUGAUCUGCUCCCUCCAUCAAUGCACAACAACACUUGUUUGAACAGUCCUAUAAACAAGCAGGAUCCUUACCUAAUGGUGUGUCUGUCAUUGAUCCAGGCUGCAUUUGUGAAGGUAACUCUUCUGCCAUGGGCUUCAUCAUGUAGCUCUGAUCUGGAGAAUAUCUGGUGCUUUGCUCCUCUGUGGCUGAAUUUAGGAGGUGUGAUAGAUUUCCACUUCUGUUGCUCUUCUGCAACAGAUGUGUUGAAUUAAUGCAUUGGCUCAUAAUUGCUUGCAUGAAGCACCAAGCUACGUUUGCACAACAUGCAAAGAUGUCUUCAUGUUUACCUAUAGAAUAGAUGACUGGUACUGGAUCAUUUAUUUGUCCCAAAUAUUUUUUUAUCCUGCGCUUUAGCCAAAAAAGGCCCACAGAGUGGGUUUCAAGUAACCAAAAAAGGGACAGCUUUUGCCCUCAGGCUUACAACCUGAAAAAACACAGCACUAAAGGAGAAUUGAUUGGGAAGGAGAAGAAAAUAAGCAGAUUCAAGUACAAGUUAAAGUAUUUUAAAGGCCAGAAGAGAAAGAGCCAGAAACUGCUGAUCUGUCAGCAACACGAAUGGGAUGGUUCCGCAUCCCUUCUUUCCAGCAAUCAUGGUUGCUGCCAAAGUGAUGGUGGAAACAGGAGCCUGGCUUUUCAGCAGAGGCUGAAAAGUAGAAAAGUUUAGAAGGAGGAGUUGAGGUUCAAAGUUAAAGAAACACUUCUGUAAGGGGACAUAUGUACCCUCUUCAGGAGCCCUAACAGAAGGGGUGCUGUAGGGCUGAAGUUCAGGGCAGCCACAACCAGCAGUACUGCUGCCUGGGAAAACCAUGAAGAUUGCAUUAGCACUGAUACAUAUAUCUAAAAGUCAAACUGCAUGUUCAUCAUAGAGUCUGCCUUUGACUGCAAGUUCCCUUUUCAUUAAUUGCCAGUGUGGGGCCACCAAUCUGGAUCAGGAUAAUUGGGGUGGGGGUAAGAGGGGCUUUAAUCAUUUGUCCCACUGUGGCUCCAGUCUGGAUUGGGGUGGUGGUACUCUCUCUCUCCCUCCCUCCCUCCCUCCCUCUCUCUCUCUCUCUCUCUCUCUGUGUGUGUGUGUGUGUGCCACCUUGAGCUCCUUGGAGAAAAUGGUGGGAUAGAAAUGCAAUAAAUAAAUCAAAUAAAUACAUAAAGUAAUAGCCUUGCAUCAUGACAAGUAUGACUUCUGAGGAAUUUGGAAAUAUAGAGAGGCAUUCUGUAAGGGUAGUUUUCUUCACAAGUGGGGAAAAUCUUCUCUCUGCAGAGUUCACUAAAACCCAAGCUUUUUUUCUGAAAGAAUGUAAGACUGGCUGACUUCUGUUGUCUGAGACUUGGCAAUAAAACCCACAACAUAAUGUACCCACCAUGAGCCCAGAGAAGCUAAAGAAACAGGGGGUUCCCCUCCUUCUGAGAGCCUGUGUUGAUCUUUGCUGCCAUUCCCCUUAACCAAUACUGAACACAGAAAGCUGAACCUUCAGCCACUUAGGUUGCAGGCAUAAUGACCUCCCCACAACACACACACACACACACACACACACAUACUUCAUACAGUGGUACCUUUGGGAAAGGGGAUGAUGACUAAGCAAUCUGGGACCAGGAAGAACACCAGUGUGCCCCUUGACAACCUCCAAUGACGUUUGUCACUAGAUGCCUCCCUUGCUCUCCUGGGCACUUAAGUAACUGCCCAUUAUCCCCCUUUAAUCCUUACAAUAACAGAGUCAGGAUGUCAAGGGGUCUCUCUUGCACAGGCCAUUCAGAGGAGUGGGGGUUGGUGUGGGAAACAAUAUUGGACAGGAGUGUUUCAAAAGCCCUGAGAAAGUGAGAGGUACAAGCUGUGCUGGAGUGAGGAAUGAGGCAAAUUAAGGACACAACACGGCUGCAGAUUAAAAGAAUCACUAUGGAGCUCUGCACAUGCUGGAUUAGAUUUGGAUGGUUACAGGAUGGUUAAGGAUUAGUUCCUUGGUUUGUGGUGCUAAAAUGGCAGAUACUCUGCUCCCCCUCUCUCAUCCGCCCCCUGCAGAUUAAUAAUGUUUUUACCUCUAGUAUCUGCUUGUGAGAUUUUUAUUGAUGUGCUGAAAAGUCAGCAGUUGGAGUCAUGCCAGAGGCCUGCCUAACACCAGUAUCUCUGGACUCUUCCUUACUGCAAGGGAAAUGGCUAGUGGAAUAGAAAUCCUCAUCCAUUUAGAUUGAAUUCAGAUAUGAAAUUUCUUCAGUUUCACACUCCGAGGUUUGCUUUGUAUAGACAAAUGCAUGAUGGUGGCAAAUUCAGUUAAUUCUCAAACUCAGCACUGGAAAGAGCCAAGAGAUAUCAGAGCCAAAAUGGGGGGAAAAUAGAUGAAGCAUUCACCCCUUAAAUACUCUUGAUGCAAAUUAAUUUCCUUUGUCCUGUGUGCUGUUUUGUGUGCUGUGGGCAUCUGCAGUGCAAUUAGCUCCGCAGUUGAGUUGUGAGAGACCCUUCAUGUCCCAUUUCCCUUCCAUUGCUUUUCAACACCAUCCUCAGAAAAGGUAUAGGACAAGAAUAAGCUGGCUCUAUUUCUGGAGGCAGGAUGCCUCUGAAUAUCCAUGGCUGAGAAUCACAAGUGGGGGAAGGAUCUUGGGUCCUGCUUGGAGGCUUCCCAUAAGCAUCUGGUUGGCCACUGUGAGUACAGGAUGCUAAACCAGAUUGAUCUUUGGCCUGAUCAAGCAGGUCUGUUCUUAUGUACUUACGUUGGCACUGCAGUUCAAUUUCGUUUUUUAGCUUCAGCCUCUAAUUCAAUUUCAGCCCUGUCUGUUGCUUUAAAUUGUGAUUUUGAAUACAGUGGUACCUCGGUUUAGGAACUUAAUCCAUUCCGGAAGUCCAUUCUUAAACCGUGCUUUCCCUAAUGAUGCCUCCUUCCACCGGUGCCCUUCCACCAUUCGGAUUCCAUUCUUAGACUGAGGUAAAGUUCACAAACCAGGACACUACUUCUGGUUUUGUGGAAUUCGUAAACUGAAUCAUUCAUAAACAGGACGGUUCUUAAACCGAGGUACGACUGUAGUUUGUUGUUAAGUCACUACCAAACCAUUUCUGGUAUGUGGUGAUGAAUAAAUCAAGGUGUAUAUAAUAAUCAUAAAUAAGCUAAAGGUAAAGGAACCCCUUACCAUUAGGUCCUGUCGUGACCGACUCUGGGGUUGCGGCCCUCAUCUUGCUUUAUUGGCUGAGGGAGCUGGCGUACAGCUUCCAGGUCAUGUGGCCAGCAUGAAUAAGCCACUUCUGGCGAACCAGAGCAGCGCACGGAAAUGCCAUUGACCUUCCCGCCGGAGCGGUACCUAUUUAUCCACUUGCACUUUGACAUGCUUUCGAACUGCUAGGUUGGCAGAAGCAGGGACCGAGCAGCGGGAGCUCACCCCGUCGCAGGGAUUCAAACCGCCGACCUUCUGAUCAGCCAGCCCUAGGCUCUGUGGUUUAGACCACAGCGCCACCCGCAUCCCAUAAUCAUAAAUAGCAAGAUAUUAAUUACUUCAGUUACACCAUAAAGCAAUGGUCCAGAAAUCAGCUGCCAUAGCAGGGCAAGAACUAUUCCCAGCAUGAGAGCAUAUGUUGUUUCCUUGUUCUGCAUCUCUUACAUCUGAUCACAUUGGUGGUUCGUUUGGAACAUGUGAUUGAAAUACAGCGGAAUCUCACUGAGAUUCUCCAUAGAUCCAGUAAACAAAGGGAGCGGUGCAGUCCCAACAUGGUGCCGUUCAGUAUUUGUUUGUCUCCGGCUCCCAUCAGUCCCAGCCAGCAAGGCCGGUGGAUAGAAACAACGGGAAUUGGAGUCUUCCAGCAGUUGAGCAGCAGCAUGUUGGCUAUGCCUCCUGCAGCAUUGAGUCAAGCUUCAGGGUUGCUCUCCAAAUCUGUGCAGGAAGAUCUGAGCAAUGCCUGAGACUAGCUUUGGCUAGGUCCGGCUAUGCGAUAAUGCCAGCUUCCCUGCAGAGUCCUCAGAGCAAUGUUUGAGAAUACAGCCGUGUGUUUUUGAAAUGGCUCCUCCGGUGGCUGACUGCAAAAGGGAUUCUAGGAUUUCCUGAUUUAUAGAAUGUGUAUGCUGACGACUUGGCCUAUUAUCAGGAGCCCGAAAGCCUCAUUUGGCUUCUGGGUCCUACCUUCCAGUUGGAUUUUUAUGGUUCCUAAUGGGCUAUGUAUUGCAUACACUUUUUUUGUUUUUGUUUUUGCAAGGUUUUACCAAUGCGUUUAUUUUCUCUCCCUCUCUCUCCAUACCAUACCAACAACCCAAUAUGCAGCCAAACAAGUGAGACAGGGAUAUGGAGGUUUGUGUUCAACAUUCAGAGUAUGUUAGUAGAACAGUCAGGCGUUGGGGAGCCUGACAGGUCCGGGGGCCGAGGCAACCCCCGGUGUCACACAUGCUCAUGUAUUCUGAGCAGAAAGAAUAGCUGGAAAACUUCAGCAGCUGGCUGGGGAGCUUCUCAGGGGGCCAAAGCUGGGAAAACAUCUCACACUCUGACCUAAAUACAUGGUGCAAGCGUUUAAUUGAGUCUGAUAGGCUUGAAUGCCCCUAGUCAGACACAGCCUUGCCAUUUGCCAGAGCGACUCCGAGCGAGUUUUGUUGAAUGAACUGGAUGGGCUCACUCAUCCCUGAGCAUGCACUCUGCACACCCCCUCCUCCCACACCAAGUUAAUAUGCUUGCGCUGUUAAAGGGCCCUGAACAUUUUCAUUUCAGGCUCGCAGAGUGGCUUAAAAGGGCAGGCUUAACUGUUGCACUGCAGGACCCGGGACAAAGCUGUGUAUAUGCGCUAUGUCCUUUGGUCGAGGUGAUGCACGGAGCUUCUCUCUUUCCGUGUGCUUUCUGCAGUCAUCCGUUCGUGGUGUCCUAAUUGCAGAGGAUUAGGAGUCGUUUGGCAGGCUGACAACUGAACUUCCAGUUCCUUACUCUGAUGUAUGGAUAUUCCUGGUCUUGACUCACCCAUCUGUGCAAUGCUGACAUUGAAGCUCCUUUAGUCCGAGACGGUUAUGUAUAUUUAAACACACACACACACACACACACACACACACACACACACACACAGGUUGCCGCAUCCAGCUCAAGGAGAAAUUGGGAAAUGGAAGUGUGACUAAUUUUUUUUAAAAAAUCACCAGCUCUGGAAUGUCUGUGUAUGGCAGCAAGAUCACUAGCAGAUGGCUUCCUGCUGGUGUUGAAAGUGAAAGCCUUUUUGGCCUAAUUUUAACAGAUUUAACCUGCCAACACUCUUGAAGCAGAGGAAAGACAUCAGCUUUCCCAUUUGCCCUCAAAGUUUUUCCACGAAUACUCAUUUUCUGAUUAUACAGUGUGUUUUUGUUUCUUAUAUAUUGUGGUACGUUUAAUUUCUCUGAUUUUGAAUACAGGUGGGGAGAGGAGAAGGGUCACAGCCUUAGAAAAAGCUCUAGGUAGCCACGGCUACCAUUAUUUCAUGAAAUGUUGUCUAAUUUUUUCCUAAUAUUUUAUGAGAUGGCUUUCUUAGAAUCUCUGUACUUCUAAAGAGCACAAGUUUUUAGUCCUCAGGGCUGCUUAGAAUGCUUUGAAAAUUUGUGGCCAGUCUCUUGCUAAAGACGUAAGAACCUGUAAUGUAAUUUGGAACAGGAAUAAUAAUGAUGAUGAUGAUAAUAGCAAUAAUAAACAAAUAUAAACAGUCUUUGAAAUUCAAAAAACAAAACAUUGUCUCAUUAUACAGGAAAAAGAAGCCCCUGGUAAUUAAAUUAUGUCCUUGUUGUGAGCUGUUUGCAAGAGAGACGACAGAAAUUCUUGCUCUCUUGAGCCUGUCAGUUCUUUGUCCAGCUUCCCCACUUAGCUGUUUACUACCGCCCAAUAAAUAUACCUAAUAUUGCCUCCUGUGAUAAGAAUACAUUAUGAGAUUGGUGUAAUUUUGUCAUUUUUCCCCUGCAGCCUAAUUACUAGUAGAGCCGUGAAGUAUUUUGCCAAGAACUGCAGGUGGGAGGGGGGUCUGCCGCCACAGGACUCCCAGCAAUAGAUGUCAGCUGUGUACUGAUGCCUUCUUUCCUUUGUCACUGGCUGGAGGAAGAAGCCCAAGGAUAUUCUAACCCGGAUGCUCCUGGUGUUGGGAACUGGGUGUUCCUGAAGAGCCAGUGAUGUGUGACUUGGUUGUGAGAUGCCACUAGGGGAACACUGGCCCUCCAGCCCCCCCCCUUGGGACUCUCCCCAAGCCACAACCCUCACCUGGAGUGCUUUUGCCUUAUGUGUCUUUGUCCAGCCUCCUAUGCAAAGCAAGGGUCACACACGUCGCUCCACUUACUUUUGCAUCUGCCCCGCCCACUUCUAGUAGGUGGCUCCCAGGGAAUGUGGUCCUCAGGUUGAAAAAGAUUCCCCACUCCUGCACUGGCCUAUUCCUCUACACUUCCUGCCUGUUGUCCCCUCAGCUCCAAUAACUCUCUGACUCCCUGGACAUGAGGUGUCAAACUUUAUCAGCACCCAGGUCUGCAUUCCAGGCAAAGGAGAGAAGAGAAGAGAAGAGAAGAGAAGAGAAGAGAAGAGAAGAGAAGAGAAGAGAAGGUUGUGGAGUGGAAGGCAGGGUUGAAGAACAACAACAAAAUAAGAGCCUAGGGCACUAAAUGUCUCUCUCUGAACUGCUGGUAAUUAUGCUUAUGCUUAGCAUCUCUCUGAAUACAUUUUCUGAACUUUCAGCUGGAUCUGGCAUCUAUUCAUUUCUCCACCCUAAUCAUCAUAGGAGCCAAUUUCUAGGGGCUGUGGGGACUUCGGCCCCCACAAAAUUGAUGGGCAUUCCCAUUCAAAUGGUGUGUGUGCACCACAUCAUGUGAUCGAUUAUGUGGGGCAGGGCUUACCUGGGCCCCCACAAUAUUUUAUUCAAGUUGGCACCCCUGGCAAUCAUGGACUAUCGAUAAAACCUACGGGCCAGUUCACAUGGCGUAGUGAUGAAGUGGAUGAGCUGGUACACAAUAGCAUUCCCGUGUGAUGGCUGACUCACAGUCACAGCUCUGGUGUUCUUAACCCACUUUCAGCAGUGUUGAAAUGCAUGACUAGAGUUGCAAGAAUGAUUCAGUGGUUCUUUUGUUUCAAUUCGAGCUGUGUACCCAUUGCAUCAGUUUGGCUGUGCAAAUUGGCCUCAACUGUUGGAAUAGAUCAGCCUUCCCCAGGGCUAUAUUUCUGGGGGGGGAAAGGUGCCAGAACUCACCAUGAACGCCUCCCUUGCUCUCUUAUAAUAGCAGUGGCACCCACCUGGUGAGUUCAGGCUAAAAAAAAAAAGCCCUGGUCUUCCCCACCAGGAUGCCCUUCCGAUAUUUUGAACUACAGUGGUACCUCGGGUUACAGAUGCUUCAGGUUACAGAUGCUUCAGGUUACAGACUCAGAAAUACUACCUCGGGUUAAGAACUUUGCUUCAGGAUGAGAACAGAAAUUGUGUGGCGGCAGUGGGAGGCCCCAUUAGCUAAAGUGGUACCUCAGGUUAAGAACAGUUUCAGGUUAAGUACAGACCUCCAGAACGAAUUAAGUUCUUAACCCGAGGUACCACUGUACUUGGGAAGAAGGGAGGAAUAGAAAUUUAAGGGGGAGAUGAAUAAAAUAAAUCAGCCCCCAACCAGCUGAACAACUCUAAAGUUUGCUGAUCUUCCUCUUAAUUUUAAUAAAAAUGAAAAAAAAAAGUUUCUUUCAAAAUGAAGAGGCUAAAGUAACUAUGAACCUAAGGCGAAUUCGUAGAAGCUGUGAGCUAAGCAUAGGCCAUUUUUUUUUGCUCAUUGAUAUUUUUUUCCUAGUGUUUUUCCAUCAGUGCAAAAUAUUUAAACUCCCAGCCCAUAAAUUCAAGAUCUUAGCCAUCAGGGAGUUGUGGGGAAGGGGGUGGUGGAGGAAGUAGAAGUCAAAAGACAGAGAGCUCUGAGUACCUUAAAGGUCUCUGAUCAGGAUUGUGUUUCUCCAUCUUUUGAAUCUGCCUUUCACACUGGCCAUUUUUAUAGGGCCAUUUAAUCCCAGGAUGUAAGAGAGAUGACAGGAGGCAUGGAGGGGCUGUAAUAUCUGGAGUCGGGUCAAGUUUCUCUCUUUCCCUCCUCCUGAGUCCUCCUGGGCCACUGGACUUGGUGACAGGAUACACUGUGUCUAACAGAAUACAUUCAGCUGGCCUUAAUGGACUAAAUCCUGCUGUGCUUUCUGGGGUAGAUGCCCUGUGGCUUCCGCCAUGGCUAAUGCCGUGACAUUUUAUACCCUAGUUUAGGUCAUGCUCAUUGGAGGGAGAUAGAUUCAUGCUUUUCCUUUGUUAUGUCACUGUUCCCAAAACAAUUUCUGGAUCUUUCCCUUUCCCUUCCCUCCAGUAUGUUUACUGUGAGCUGGUGCUAGGUCUGAUGCUGGAGCCUGAUUACAUCUGAUCCCAUUUCUUAUUGUAUCUUUGUUUCUCCAGUACACACACACACACACACACACACACACACACAGGCUUUUGAGUGUGAUUACUGCUGUGUGAACCACAGGAUAGCUCCUAAAAAGAAGAAAUUGCUGGACCUUGACACUUGAAAUCUAGCUAUUUCCCUCCCUUGGGUAUUUGUACAUUCCUAAACUCAGUUUUAAACAGUUUGUACAAGACCAUGGGACAGCUAUAUCUAUCUCUAUUGCACUAUGCUAAAAUGUAUUUCAUCUUCUACAGAGUAUUGUACACCCAUUGGCUUAACCAUGGUUUAUUUUCCUUAGCAAUGGCUUGUUUUUCUUGACCGUGCUUAAGCAUUAGGCUUGAACGCCUUAACAAUGUAUAAGCAUUAGCCAUCAACUCAAAUGUGAAAUAUACAGUCAAAGGGGGUUUAGAAAACGUGGUUUGUAUUAGCCAUGUUUAAACGUUGCAGUGAAACCUCUGAAGCUCGGCAAAAUGUGGAAAGUUGUUCUGGGUAAGCACUGGAUUGAAAACUUGCAUGUGGAUAUUGCCCGUCCAUAAAAUAUUGUUCUCAGUGUGAUAUGAUUUGGAAAGCACAUUCUGAUGUGCAUCCUGGUGUGUCUACAGCUGGGUCAUAGCUUUGUUUGCCCUCACUUAUGCCACUAAUGGGCCAAAUCUUUUUGGCUCUGUCUCUGCUGUUAUCAAAUUUGGCAUGUGAUAACUGAUUGGUUGGGCUCGCACAGUAAAUGAGCAAAAAUUUGCCUUGUUAAAAUUACAAAAUAGCACCAUCUGCAGCAUAUAUUUGUGUGGUGGUGCUUGAGGAGAGAGUAAAAAAAUCUCCUAAGAAGUAUAAAAAAGGAAAGCUGAUCCCUACGCUAACACAUACAGUACAUUCAUCAAAAUCAGACUUAUAUUUCUCCCCUAUAACUGAAAUGAUGAGAAGAUAAAGAGACGGGUAUUUGUUCUUUUUUUAUUCAAUCAAAUAGAAGUGCCAUUCUUGCCCAGUGGGGAUUCGUGGACAUUAUUUAAAUCUACAAAAUUUAGAUAACAGAAAGACUCUAAGCCAGAAAAAUUGGUCAAGGUGCUUCUAGAGAUGGUGCAUGUGCAAUUAGUGCUCCUUAUGCAUCCAUGUUUCUGCAUGAUGUUGUUGGCAUAAAAAUACUAGCCUGUAUUUCCUUACCCCCAGAUAUAUCCUUAUUUCCAGAUAUACCCUUUCCAGAGAAAAUCUGAUUAGUAAAAAAAAUAAAAACCACAUGCCAUCCUAUUGCCAAUGUCUGAUUUAAAAUAUUUUGGUGACCUGGUUGCAAAUUAAGACCCUAUCUGGAAUCCUCUUCAGUGCUAUAGACCAAUGAAAAAUCAGAUAUUGAAGCCACCUUGUCUUUGAAUUACAUUAACUAUGAAUUCUACACAAAUCAGUGUAGAAUGUCAAUUAGUGUUGAAAGUAAACAUGGUUCUAAUCUUGGAUGUGCAGAUAAUUUUAGAAAAGAAUCUAAAGAAAUGGUGGGAGGGAAUUGCAGCCUCCAUAUGCUGCUUCAGUACGUUCUUUGAGCAUAUUUGCUCAGACACAGUUGCAGGCUUCUUGGUCUUGACACAGCUGUGAGUUAGAAGAAAAAUGAUUUUAUAUUAGCCAGAGCGCAUUAAGUGAACCUCAUGCCUACUUAAUCCCUCCCAUCAUGACAAAAGCUUGCCCACUCAAUCCCAGCUCAGACAUGAAUUUCAUUCGUAGUUGUAGGUAACACACACACACACCCCUUAGCCUUGCCUUCAGCCUCUCUCUCAGCCUCAACCUUAGAGAAAAACAGUGGCCUGCCUUACCAGGUUGUUGUAAGGAUUACAGUGGUACCUCGGGUUACAGGCGCUUCAGGUUACAGACUCCGCUAACCCAGAAAUAGUACCUCAGGUUAAGAACUUUGCUUCAGCAUGAGAACAGAAAUUGUGCUCCGGCGGUGCAACGGCAGCAGGAGGCCCCAUUAGCUAAAGUGGUGCUUCAGGUUAAGAACAGUUUCAGGUUAAGAACGGACCUCCAGAACGACUUAAGUUCUUAACCCGAGGUACAACUGUACUGAGAAAAUGUGUGUGGGGGGGUAUUUAGGAAACUUAAAAAUGCCAAGCAUUUUACCACAGUUUGCUGACUUGAUGGCAUGCCAAAGAAUGUAGACAACUAAAAAGAGUGCAUGUGAGAUGGAAAUGUUUGGGUAGGAGGGAGGGUAGGUAGAAAAAGAAAGGGACUGAAAUGCAGGAUCUGGAAGGAGGGGCUGGGGAAGGAGGUUUGAGGGAAAGGGACUGAGAUGAUAAUAGGUUAGAGAGGGCCUAGGGUGACAUGCUAUGCCCUUUUUAAAUGUGCGGGUUUUUUGGGGGGGUUAUUGGGUUGUUUUUAUUUUGGUUAUGUAUUUUGAGGUUUUAUAUUUUGAUUUUAUUCUGUGGACUGCCCUGAGACCUUGGGGUAUAGGGUGGUAAAUAAAUUCAAUCAAUCAAAUAAACAAUAAAAUAUUUUAUAGUGCUUAUGGGCAAGAAGUGCAGUAUGAAUCGAGGGAGGUGUGAGUGCUAGGGAAUCUGUUGGAGAGACAGGAUGAUGAGGUGGAGUUGAGCAAACGACCAAUGCUACAUACAGGAGUUAAAGAAAAAGAAGAGUCAAGGAGAAAGCAGAACCUCACUCAGAAUCCAGGAUGGCAGCAGCUGUGUAUUUUUUGGCAGGAAGGCUUGGAGGGUUGGGAACUGUGGUCCAGAGAGCCAACCAGACAUUAAUACAUGAAGUCAGUGGGCAUUUCAGCACUUACACUUACCAAUAGCUGUAUACUUGCUGGGGGUUUUUUCAGAUUUAUUUUUGCAUGUUUCCACAUGAUGUUGUUGUUUUUAUUCAGAUAAUAUUCUGGAGUAACAUACUCAAAACACUGUUUGUUUCUUCCACCACAGCCCCCUUGACUUUUGUGAAAGAUCUGGAAUGGGUCCUCAAUAUUUCCACUUGUGUGGCAAGAGUCCAAGCAUCAUCUUGGGGUUGGUGGGUGUGAUUUGGGAGGCAUCUGUUUUGCACCCACUUCCCUCUGCCUGCUGUGAGCUGUCCAUUUGUGAGCUCAGUGCAGAGGAGAGAUAAUGGCAGAUACAGACUACGGUGCUGAUGCAAAGUACUGCCCAUGACAGCAGUCAUUAGCUGCAGACAAGCUUUCAUCACAAUAGCCAGGUUUGCCAUGGCUCAGACAGACACAUAGCUCCACUUCUCAUUUUGCAGUAUGCUAGGUGUUAAAUACAUGUACCAAAAAGCAGUGAAAAGGCUAUCCCUGUGAAUAUGCUCAUAACCCCAAUACUUACUAGCUGGAGGUACAUGAGGAGUGUAUCUGGAGUGGCUAUAGCCAGAGAACUCAAUUUAGGCACAACCUGACAUUGGUGCAGAUCGGAAAACCCCACAUUUACACUCUAAAAACAGCAACAGGUGACCAAAGGUGCAGACAAUCAGCUCCAAAUUCACUCUUGGAAACGACGUGUCAAACAGCCAAUGAACCACUGUAAAUGGUAAGUGUGGAAAGGCCUCAUACCUUUUUUAAGAAACAGACUUCUGUCGAUUGUGGUUUCCACACUGUCAUUUUGGUAUUGUAACUUGGCGGAUAUAAAGGGGGAAAUGAGGACCCAGAAGUGAGGAGCAGAGACCUAAUGUCACAUCAAUUUGAGCUAACAACAAUUCCAUGUAUUCAUGUUUUAUUCCACUCUUCCAACUCAGGGAUCACACAAUGAAACCUAUCUCACCAGCUCCAAAAUCCAGGAAAAACUUUCACAGUGCCUACAUGCCCCCUGGCUAGGGGUGGGGGAGAAAAUCAUUUCAAUUUGCAUUUAAAGGCAAAUGUACUUUACAUUAAACAACAUUCCACACACUUCAAAUGCAACCACCAGUUUCCAUUCACAUGUUCUUUCUCAGUUCACUAGAGCUCAGAUUCAUUGAAAGUAUAGCACACAACAUACUAAAAGUAUGAGUCACUUUCUUUGACAUUUUGAUUUAUAUAUUUUUUAAGUCUUUCAGUGUCAACACCAGGGGUGCCAACUUGAAUAAAAUAUUGUGGGGGCCCAGGUAAGCCCCGUCCCACAUAAUCACAUGACACAGUGCAUGCACACCAUUUAAAUGGGAAUGCUCAUUAACUUUGAGGAGGCCCCUCAAAUAUUUUAUUGUGGGGGCCAAAACCUCCACGACCCCUAAGAGUUGACUCCUUUGUCAACAUCCCAAUAGAAAUGGACAUAGGAUUGAAUCUAGUAGGCCUUUAACACACUGUUAAAGACAACAUAUAUCAGAAAUGGGAACUAUUUGCAUAUAUAAUUUGUCCAUUAGAAGUAAUUCCCAUGCUUUGCCAAACUGACGCUUCAUAGGUAGUAGCUGGGUGGCCUGUCUGUCCUGUAGCCAGUUGAAAUUUGGCUGCUGUUAACAAAAGACCUAUUAAUUCAUAUCAUGAGCUUGAAAUAUUCCCUAUUUAUAAGUGACCCAACAAAACCAUAAGUGGAUUCAAGGGGAUUGUAUGCCUUUUAACAGACUUUAUCUAAGGAUCCUUGCCUGGUAUUGGAUUACCUUCGAGCAUGACCACCAAAUAUGCUGCUUUUCCAACAUCAGGAGGCAGCCUUCAAAGUUUUCCUUGUGGUGAGAGUAUACUAGAGACAAGACCUUUUUUUGCAACAUCUGUUUAUUUACAAAUAGGCCGCACAUGAGGAACCAGAAAAACUAUCCAGGGAGAUGAGUCUCAUAUUCAAAGGAGCAUCAGUUCUCCUCAAAGAAAAACACAUACCCUUGAAUUCCUAUAGCCAGCUGCAAAGACUCAAAUUUCUGUUUCCUUUGCUGGCUGCUUUGCAUUGCCAAACUGUAUGCAUCUAUCCAAGCAAAUUUGGUGACAGCUAGGUAGUAGCAACCAGCCAUCAAGGCCAUUGUGCAAGCAGAAUGCUUAGCUAUUGGUGCCCUUUACUGAAGCAUCUUUAACUAAAGCCUACGGAUGGUUAUCUUUUAUUUCAUUUAUUGCAUGUAUAUACACCUUUUCUUCCAAAGAGCUCAAGGCGGUGUACAUGGUUCUCCUUCUCCACCCUCCACCCUCACAACUACCCUGUGAGGUAGGUUAGGCCGAGAGUGAGUGCCUGGCCCAAGGUCACCAAAUGCGCUUCAUGGCUGAGUAGGGAUUUGAACUCUGGUCUCCCAGGUUCAACACUCUAACCAUUACAUCACACUGGCUCUUAAUCAAGAUGAUGCCUCACAAUAGCAUUUCUGCUUGGCUGAACUGGAACACAGUUGCGGAUAUUUCCAGUGCCUCACAAGCAACCUCUGUCAACUUUUUUCAUACCUGUGGAAAGGAGAUUUACCUGGCUUCAAUUUCAGGCAGCCAACACUUGGGGCUGAUUCACACCUGAUUACCAUUCUGCCGCCGCCACCACCCCGCUCUUUCUACGCACAGGCCUGCACUUCAACACUGUUUAGAAGUGUGAUUUUCUUUGCCUCAAACUUUCACCACGAAAACCGGCUCUUUAAAGCUGAAUUUGAGCAAACAUAAGUUUGGGUUUUCCGCAGAUUGACAUUUGCUCCAAUUGAGCUUUAAAGAGCAGAUUUUCACGGGGAAAGCUCUUGAGCAAUGAAAAGGGCACUCAGACACAGAGCUGUAAAUCAUGGGCCAUGCCUGGAAAGAGCAGAGGAAAGGUAUGUGUGGAUAAGCCUUUAGUGUUACUGUUCUGUGUUCUCUCUUAUACCUUGUAGAUAAUUACCUGAGUCAGCAAUAUCCAUCUUGAUUCCUUUGUAUGUGUUAUUUAGAUUAGUGUGCCAAUUUCCCUAUUCUGGCCCAGGCAUUCGUUCUGUUUUUAUAACCCAUCCCCAGACCCCAUUUCUCUAUGCAUCAUGGACUGUUAAUGUCAGUGAGCUACUUUCCUGGUUGAUAUUCCCUCAAGGUACUGAGGAUGAUGCCCCCUGCCCCCAGGAAAACCUGUAGGCAAAAGUAGAUAAGGCUAGCUUUUAAAAUUUUGCAUUAAAUAUGUCUCUUCUUCAUUUUGAUGGGAGAAAGCUUGUGCACCCAUGUGGAUUCCCCUUGCUGGUUUCAUUGCUAUUUCUGGGUUACCCAGGCAAUUCACUCAUUGCACAGAAAGCUGAUCUGUAUUGAGCUGGUUAGUUACAUACACUCUGAACUUUUUCAUUUAAAUAUAUUACAGAGAUAUCAGCAGGAGCCAGGGACACUUUGCUGUCAAAUGUCAGCCUUGCUAUGACUCUAUCUUUCCAAACUGAGUAAAUUCUUCACCCCCGCGGUGCAAGCUUUAAUUUCUCAUUAUUAUUGCUUUAAUAAGACCAAUACUUACUGUAUGUUGCUCAUUUGCAACUAAAACUGGAACCAUUAGAGCAGUAACUGCCAAUUACCUCCUGAGCAGUACAGCAUGCAAAUACUUCCAUUAGUCUCUCUGAAGCAGAGGCAUGGAUCAGUGGUGCACAUGGACAAUAAUAGAAAAGUACAGCAGGGGUGGACAACUUUUCCAGCCUUUGGGCUGAUGACUGCCAUUUGAGGAGUGGGGGUAGUCACAUACAUAGCAUAGCAAAAAUGGGUGACUGCAUAACUUUACAGCAACAAUAUUGGUCUACAAGUAACCCACCUGUCCUGUCACAUUCAAGCCACAUGUUGGCACAUUCAUGGGAACAUAUGGCUGGGUCUCCAAGACAAGAUUUGACUCUUAUAGUUGUAUCUUUGGGAAAACCACAAUCUGUUUUGCAGCCACUCUAAAUUCAAUUCAUUAUUCAAGACAUAAUUAGAUUGGUUAAAAAAGAACUUCAGUUUCCCCCCAUUCACUAUAAUGGAGAAAUCUAAAGACACUCCCUUUUCACACAAAUGGAUGAAAUUUGCAGGCAUAGCAACUACUGAAUUGAGCCUUCCCAUCUGUAGCUAUAUUCAGAAGUUUUAAUGCUGGGCACCUUUACAUUUUGGGUUUUUUUUAGAAAACAAAGGACAAGUCUAUACCCCUUGUUUUCUUGCAGAAUUGUCACAGGCACGAACAGCCUUCCUGAGGGAAUGAAGCUUGCCAACAUUCAGGAUGAUUGUUGUAGUGGUUCUCUUGUAAGGGUAGACUUUCCUAUUGGGGGCUGGAUAGGUACAAUAGGAACCAUAGUGGAUGGAACUGGUAAAAAGAGCAUGGCUCUCCAGGGAAAAAUGGGAUGGGAGAAAUGUUAUACCCCAGAAAGGACCCUGUUUCACCAUGGAUUUUUGGAGCUACAGGGGAGAGGCUAGCAUAGGAAGAUGCAUAUAUCCACUAAACUAAAAUGUUCCAAACACUGCAACUUUUCUUCAUAGGAGAGUCAUUACAUCUCCUUGAUCAUUUCAGUUGUCCUUUUCUUAACCUUUUCCAACUCUACAAUAUCCUUUUUUAUAUGAGGUGACCAGAACUGUACACAGUGUUCCAAACAUGGUCAUACCAUAGGUUUGUAUAACAGAAUUAUGAAAUCGGCAGCCUUCAAUUUCAAUUCCUUUCCUAAUGAUCCCUAACAUGGAAGUUGGCUUUUUCACAGCCACCACACACUGGAUCAUUAGAUUGUUCUAUUGAAAUAGUGCAUACCUGCUGGGGUGAGUAAAUCCUACUCUAUUUGUAGAUCCACUGCCCUAAAUAAGUUAGUGUGGCUUAGUUAAAUAGACCCCAAGAUGGUAAGUAAGCCUCUUAAUUCCAGUGACUGCUCGCUGAUUGAGCAAAAGCAGAGGGUAGUCAGAAAAAUGAGCUCUGUUGUUUCAUUGGUCCUGUGGGGGAGAAAAUGAACACUGGGCCUGAUAGUAUCUGAAGUCAUGCAGUGAUAGGAAAAGUGAGGUUGCCUUACAGGGGCUGAUCGCAAGGUGCUUGUAAUGAUUUAAUAAGCAUCAAGAAGAGCCAGGAGUGGUUUAAUGUGCAUAGUGACAAGAAGACUUAUUUUAUUUUAUUUUAUUGUUUUGUUUUGUUUUGUUUAUUUAAAAUUCAGACCAGCCCACUUGGUUUUCUCAUUUCAUUACGAUAGUGAUCAGCCAUUUAGUUCCAACAGUUCUCCUCUCAGAGUAGGCCACAGCUGUUAUGACGCACACUGUGAAUUGCAAUGGUUGUCUAAUUUGCCCUUCCAUCCAUCUCUACUUGUUGAGGCAAGAAUUGAUGUUGGCCAGCUAUUAGGCAGGUUAGAUGUUAGGGAGGUUAGAUGAAGUUGCAUUUUGAGUGCAUUUCCGUGUCACUUUCCUUACUGCAAAAAAAAAAUAAAAUGUUUAUGGAAGGUAAGGCAAAAGAGCAUCAAGUAAACUUUAAUUGUGCCUCCUGAAUUUGCUGGGAUGUGAUUGGAUCUCAUUCAAAACGGAACAGUCUAGAAACAUCUACGGCAGAGGUUUUCAACAUUUUUUAGUCCAUGGCUCCCUUGACCAACUACAUUCUUUCUGUGGUACCCCUGUGGGGCUCAGGAGCCCAGUUAUGUCACUCUUUGCCUACAGAGCUGGCAGCUCCUCAUCCUUCUUUUGAAAACCCUCUCUUGUGGAGUGUUCCCUUAGCCUCCUCUCCCCUCUCCUUGGGAGUCCUCCAGGCAGCCGCUGCUGAUGCCCCUGAUCUCUGAUCUCUGAGCUUCUCCCCCCCCCCCACCGCCUUGACCCAAAGAGAGGUGCCUCCUCUCAUCGCCCCGCAGGGGCCUGUAACUUGCCUGUCCAUUCCCAACAGCAAGGGCUGGGAUACUGGAUGGCUAGGCUCCCUUGCCCGCUUGCUUGCUUGCUUACUCCAAGGCCACCUCAGCUCCUGGUAACCAGUACCCCCUGACCAGCCCCAGAGGCACCACUCACAUGUGGGGCUUGUAGCCAGGGCUGCUGCAACAGACAGCUGUGCAAGACUUUGGGAGGCAGAGAUGCAAGAGGGCAGCAGAGGAGGGAGGGAGGGAGUGAAGGAAGGAAGGAAAGAAACAGAAGCUGGUGCUGCCCACAGCAAUCCUAUCAUUCAAGGCACCCCAGGGUGCCAUGGCACACUGGUUGAAAACCACCAAUCUACCGUGUCAAAAUGUUACAGAACGAGAGCUGGGAAACUGACUAACAACUGUGCAUUUAUUGAAUGAGGAAAACGGUUGUGUGUGAAGUCCAGGCCCCUAUGCCCAAAAGGAAUAGGUGAUAGUAUCAGUCAGAAUGCAAGAGUUAAUCCCCCUUAGAUUGCACCCUUUUGAAACUCAACAAUCUUAAGACGAGGAUAGAUUCCCAGUCUGUAAAUGGUGAAGGAACAGACAAGGCUUGUCCGAUGAGCCCUGCUCAGAUAACAAGAAGGUGCUGGGAGAACAUCUAUUGUGAGAAGCGUUCCCUUAAGGGCAACUCCUCCCAUGACAGCUUGGUGUCUGUGUUUGUUAUGCACAUCCCUUUCUUACGGCCUUCAUUACUUGCCUGCUAUCUCAUGUCAUUAAGAUAUCAAGUUCAUUUAGGUACAUCCACAUUGGCAGUUUAAUUAUGUCUGAGUAUCAGUCCGUAUUUUAUUCAUGGGCUAACACAGGGUGGUUGUCAGACAUGGGGCCCAGGAGAUAAAGGCAGAGGAGCUGAAGAAUGCUAAUGUCCUGCUGGAUCCUGCUUGACAAACACACACAUACUGGUUAUUAUCCAGCUGAUUAUUUCGUUCAUUCAUUAACACCACAUACAUCAGCUCUCUUCGCCAUGGAUUAUUGUGUACAUUCAUCUUUCCGUAAACAAUUACCUGACAAGGAUGGGACAGGAGGGGCAGGGAAGGAGAAUUCCCAGAUGGGAUUUUCUUGGUUUGGGUCAGUAGUGAAGUGCUGAGCAUAGAAUACCCUGUUGACACGAUCACUUCAUUAAUCAAAUUAGGGCCAAUAGUGCAUCACAUGUGCUUAAUGUUCCUAAACAAUACUAGACCAGGUUUUAUUGUGCUCUGCUGGUGGCUUGGUUGAAAUAGGGGCCUGUUUGCAGCUUGUUGACAUGUGAAGCAAACAGGGAAAUCUCAAUAGUAACCUCCAAAAAGCAUUUCCUUUGGGCCAGCAAUGGGGAACCUGUGACAUCCAGAUGUUGUUGGGCUACAAAUCUCAGUGGCCACAGUGGCCAACACGGCCAAGGAUGAUGAUUCCAACAAUGGCCACAGAUUCCCCUUCCUUGCUUUUAGGGGCAUGCACUUCCCUGCAUCCUCCCCAUUUUAUUUUCUGAGAGAAUUCUGCAUGAGCAGUGAUAGUUUGCUUAUCCUCAGCCACCUACUUUUCUUGAAACCUUCAGCUCUUUCAGGAGGCUGUUUAUCCAUAAAUGAAGAGAGAACUGCAUUUAGACCUUUGUCAUGCCAUCCAUAAACAUAGGGUUCCCAAUUUUUCUGAAUUUCCCUGCGGGUAAUGGAAGGAUGGGAUUCCAUCCCAGCCUACACUUGGCUUCCUUUCCAGUGAUAACCCAGAAUGCCGGGGGUGGUAUCCUGUUAUUGAGGAAAGGGGGAAUGUCAUGAUCUUUAACCUUUUACCUUGGGGUGACUGAGCAAUAUAUAAGACUAAUCACACAGGUGGUAAUAAAUUCAGCACUGAUUUUUGUCAUAUAUGAAAGUUGCCAGAAUGCCAAAUGGUGACCUCGGACAAGAUCUGUCUCCAUUAUUUACUGUUUCUCAUUAGCCAUUGACAUGCUUAGUGCCCCUCCCCCUUUAAAAAAGAAUAUCUCAGUACCUUAUGUUAAUCUUAGCCCACAGGAUUCACUCUCAGUAUCUAAAACAUUCUGGGAAAAAGAUUUGUGCCUGCCCAUCCUUACCCCCAGCACAAAGUUAGACAGAGAAGCAUUUAUUCAUGUGAAAAUGGAACAUUCAGAGAAAAGAUUAUUUGGUGUGGCAAAGAAACUCUGAACCUUUGACCUUUUAAUAUGUGGUUGUAAUCCAUUAAAUGAGUUGGGAACUGAUGAGACCUAAGCAAAAACUACUCCUUUUCUCCUCCACUUUUUCCUUGCCUUGAAUCAUAUUUGUGAGCUACCGCUGGAGUGUCUUCUGACUCCCUCUUUUAUUUUUUUGGAUGCCUUUGCCUUCUUUGACUCAAGGGAGCCCUUUGCUUCCCAUAAAAAUUAUAUUUAACAAAUAGAGAAGGAGAGAGCUAUUGAAGAAUGGAUUCUGGAGUGAGUGUUGUGCUCCAUAUAUUUCAGAUUGCAGCCCAAGGUCAGCAGCUCUAGUACAGAUAAAGAUUUUUGUUUGGCCUUGCAGGGGUAGGAAAUAUACAGCAAUCUAUAAAGAAGUCAUACCUCAGAAUAAUUUAAGAAAUGUUUAUUCUCUGAGGGGAUCCCUCAUAUGCUGUAAAACUGUCUUUUGAUGAGACCAAGGAUAGAGAUGACAAAGAUCUGUCAGAAAACCAUGGUGUGUAUAUGUGUGUUUCCUUAGCUGAAAAUGGUACAUUUGUUUUGUGGGGUCUGAGUAGCUUGCCUUGAGAGAGUUAUAGAGAGGAUAAGCAAUGUACUGUGUGGAAUGGGACUAUGUGGGAUGGGACUGUCAUUUCCAUCCCAUGCUAUGGGAAGACAUAGCAAGCUUAAACCUACCCAGACAAGUUUCUGUGUACAGUGGUACCUCGGGUUAAGUACUUAAUUCGUUCUGGAGGUCCGUUCUUAACCUGAAACUGUUCUUAACCUGAAGCACCACUUUAGCUAAUGGGGCCUCCUGCUGCUGCUGUGCCACUGGAGAACGAUUUCUGUUCUCAUCCUGAAGCAAAGUUCUUAACCCGAGGCAGUAUUUCUGGGUUAGCGGAGUCUGUAACCUGAAGCAUAUGUAACCUGAAGCGUAUGUAACCCGAGGUACCACUUUACUGCAGAAUAUAAGAGCAAAGUGUACUGCAACACUCUGCUUUUAAUUUAUUGAAAGUACUAACACAAUCAGCAUUCAACCACUGAAGCAAUAUUACAAAGUACAGUUUGUUUGUUUGUGUGUGUGUAGAUAAGGAUUUACUUUGUAUCCACCAAUGGAUGCUUUUGCUGCUGAUUUUUUUCCUUGAAAUCAGUUAUUCAAAAUAUGGAAAACGAGAGUCCAAAGGAAACUUAAGAUGCCCAAAGAAAGAAGGACCCCUUUUUUUUUGAGUGCCUGGGACCCUCCCUCCAAAACACAGUACUCUUUGAACAGCGUUGUAUAGUAUUCUCCCCCAAAUCACUAUUCAAAACCCAUGCUUAGAUCCUUCUGUGAGAGACUGAAAAGUUCUCUUGAAGCCUGCUGCUGCUUGAGAUCAGCCUUGAAUUUUCCUCUGCAUAAGAUAUCUUCAAGUUCCAGGAAGGCCCCAGUUGUCUUUAGCACCCAGAGGAAAAAUCGAAGGGAAGGCUUCAAUUACUAGUAUGAAAAAUGAGUUGCCUAAGAGGGGGCCCUUCCACCAGCCAGUGGUGCUUGUUUUUAAAACUGAAUUAUAGAGACGGUUCCAUUUCCCCCCUCCUUCCUUCCAGAGACAAAUGCAUUAAUUUUUCUCAAAACAGACAAGAGGGAAGCAGAGGGAAAAUAAGAUAAUAAGAGUUUCUGUGGUGAUUUAUAUGCCUUUGUGAAAAAUAAGGCGGACUAGGACAGCCAGCAUACCGCCAGUUGGCUGAGGGGGAGCAAAUACAAAGCAUGAAAAGCUCCCAAGAGCCCAAAUAGCAUUGUAUUGCCGACUGAUUUGAAGGAAAAUAUAUAUAUACAUGUGUGUGAAAUAUAUGAAUGCACUUGUGGGUGAACGACGUGCUACCCUUGCCACAGGGAUGGCGUUAGAAGAAGACUGGAUGGUCACUCCUCCAACUUGGGGAUGAUCUACAUCUGAUCCAGUUGGGGGGAGAUUUUCUUGUUAACAUCUGCCGUGAAAAGGAAUGUGCUAAGGGGUGCUGAAAGAUGCUUUGCUUCCCACAGCCUGCACACAUGUUUUCAGAAGAAGACACAUGUAUACACACGCUUUGGUCCGCUGGGACUUCUGGUAAAGCAGAUUUACCAAGGUUUUUUUUUGAACCAACACCAAAACAUGUUUCCAAUGGGGAGAGUGGAAUGAGUACACUCACCUCCAAUGGAGAUCCCUCUGUCAACACCUGGGUAGCUCAGUUGGUUAGAGUGUGGUUCUGAUAAUGCCAAGGUUGCAGGUUCGAUCUCUGUAUGGGACAGUUGCUUAUUCCUGCAUUGCAGGAGGUUGGACGAGAUGAUCCUCAAGGUCCCUUCCAACUCUACAAUUCUAUAUUUCUAACUCUAUCAUCCCCCUCCCUAAUCCUUACCCUGCACAGGUCCUCCAUGCCUUCCUUCAGCGUUUUUGUCUGGCUGGAACAAGGCAUCAAGCUGUGAUAAUCCCCCUUGCUUGCCUGGAUGAAAAGAGGUGCGUAUGGAAACCUUUGGCUGGAAUGUUUCCUAUGUACAAAGAGACACAUGUGUUGCAUCGCCCAUCCUUUACUUCUGUGGAAUGUGGCCUCUCUCGCUAAAGAACAUUUCCCUACUCCCAGAGUGAAUAGAUUCCUGCUGGAUGAGACCAAAGGUCCAUGUAGUCCCAUAGUGGCCAAGAAGAUGCCACCAGGAAGCCCACAAGCAGGAAGGCAGCAAGUCAUCACCAGGAACACAAUUUUCCUAUCCUCUAGUUAUUCAUAGAUUGAUCCUCCAAGUAUUUGUCUAUUCUCCUUUUAAAGCUACCCUAGCUGGUGCCCAUUGAGGACGCGGGUGGCGCUGUGGUCUAAACCACAGAGCCUAGGGCUUGCCGAUCAGAAGGUCGAUGGUUCAAAUCCCCGCGACGGGGUGAGCUCCCAUUGCUCCAUCUCUGCUCCUGCCAACCUAGCAGUUCGAAAGCACAUCAAAGUGCAAGUAGAUAAAUAGGUACCGCUCUGGCGGGAAGGUAAACGGCGUUUCCAUGCGCUGCUCUGGUUCGCCAGAUGCAGCUUAGUCAUGCUGGCCACAUGACCCGGAAGCUGUACGCUGGCUCCCUCAGUCAAUAAAGCGAGAUGAGCGCCGCAACCCCAGAGUUGUCCGUGACUGGACCUAACCAUCAAGGGUCCCUUUACCUUUAGCUGGUGUCCAUGACUGUAUGCUGUUUGUCUGUCCUGAAUCUAGUAAGGUUCCCAUACGUCCGGAGGAAAUCCAGCAAAUGUCUGGGAAAAUCCGGACAUGUCAGCAGUGUUGUUUUUCCUCAACAGCUCAACAACUUUGCCCAUAAAAGCUGGCAACCCUAACAGCCUGUUAAUUUCAUGACUGACCCUGAGUUCUAGUAUUAUGAGUAUUAUUAUUAUUAUUAUUAUAGAGGGAUGAAAUCUUCUAUUUUUGUACGCCAUGCAUAACUUUAUAGCUCUUUUCCCCUCACCACCACCAACCCCAUCAUCUAUUGGUUUUCUCUAAAUUAAGAAGCUGCCAUAGUCUCAAAAGGGCUCUAACUCCUUAGUCCCUUUGCUUGUCCUCUUCUAGCUUUACGGAAUUCUUUUUUGGGAAAAGCAAAGGGCAGGGGAGCAAAACCAGACCAGUCUGCAAGCAUUCCUAAUGCAGCAGCACUAUCAAUUUAUAGAAAAAGCCGCAACAAUGCCAGCAGCCCCAGACUUGCUGAAUUUGACUUGUUCCAUUCAUUUAAUUUUAACUAUUGAAAAAUUAAUACAGCACAUUAAAUUUAAUGAUCGCUAAUUAGUUUAGCUAGUAAACAUAUUUAAAUAGCCAUGCUAAAAUAAUCACAUUAACUUCGCAGAUAAACAAAAGGGCAGUUUCCCUCCAGAGAGAAUUACAAUACGUCUAAGAGACCUUGGCAAGUUCACGUGAUGGGGAGAACUUGAGGAAAGCAGAGCGAACUUAUGGGAAAGUGUGCACAGCGCAUAGUGUGUAUAGGCUCAGUUGCAUGAGACUGAAUCCCACUUUAGGCCAUGGGACUUGCUGCAUGACCAUUUUCAUGUGUGACAUUAGCCAUGAAGAAUUCCAGUAUACUAUUUUUAGCUAUGUGUGGAUGUUGUUAGUGUAAUCAACUGCAGAAGGUCUAUCAAAUUUACAUUCUAACUAAAUGUAAAAAAUAAAAUAAAAUAAUGGGGUGCACAUUCAUGAGCUUCAGAUUUUGUUGAUUUUGGGGUUUUUUGUCUUUAUUUUAUUGCCAUUUUCUCAGGCAUAUUUAAUGCAUUUCGUGAAGUAUAAAUGCAUAUUGUAACCGGUAUAUGCAUUUUACUGUUAUAAGCCGCUUUGAAUUUCUUCUUAGAAAAAGGAAACAGACGAACAGAUGAAAAAAGCAGAUGGGCAUAAUUGAAAUCUAAUGAGAUUCCACCCCAUCCCCCCAAGAGCAAUGGUUUUUCAAAAGCAGAAAAGCUGUACUUUAAAAAAAUGAAGUAAUAAAAUUGAUAUUUACGUUUUAGAGCAAAUGUGACAGUAGAUUAUAAGAUGCGCACACUGGAACAUCUUCCCACAAUAUGUUGACCUGAUGGGCCACAAUUCAUGAUUUUAGAUGAAACUGUUGAAAAAAACCCAGCAAGCUACAAGGCAACAGAUAAUUUAAAAAAACAAAACAAAACAAAAUACAGUCAGAGGGAGGAGGCAGAGAGCCUGGCUUAAUAUUGAUAGCCUACCACCCAAAGCGAUAAGAGAUAGCAGGUUUGUGUAUUAUCAUUAAUCUUUGCAAACUGUUCCAAGUCUAAUUUCAUUUGGUCCUUUCUUCCUUCCCCUUCCCUCAUCAACCCUGCAUGGCGAAUGCUGCUGCCAGAACAGUUAACCUAAACAGUUAGUCAAAUGCUGACUCAUCGAGCUGGCGAACAGGGAAGUGUCUGAUUGAGGCAGGCAACUUCCUCAGUGGACAUAAUUGAAGCCUAAGGAGAUUUCUCUCCACCCCCCCCCCCAACAAACAGAUUCAUGGUUUUUCAAAAGUAGAAAUUUGCAUAUUAAUAAGAGGCUGUUCAGACUGAUUGGCUUAAUGUGUUUGGGGUAAGUAUAAUUAAAUGUCAAGGGAGAUAUAUUAUGAAGUAAUGAAGCUGGAGGUAAUUCAUCAGAAAUUGAGCUGAGAGAAAGGCAUUUCAAAUAAUAAACACUGUUUUAACCUUCCUUUUUAAAGGUAAUUUGCUUAGUCUGUACUAAGACACACCAUUUUUUUUUAUUACAGAGGCAAAUAAACAAUGAUGUUCUUUGUUUGUUCGUUUUUAAUCUCCAAGAAGGUGUUUUUUGUGGGGGGGGGGGGUUUAAGUAUAUAACUUUCUAGUUUUGGUCCAUCUGCUCAAGAAUCAAAGAGAGGCAAUUAUGCUUUAGAGCAUUUAAUUCCAUUAUUGCUGCCUCCUGUUGCCCUUUAGAAGUAGUUUAGAACCCAAAUAACACUGAGGUUGAAUGAAACUUCCAAAUGGGUGUUUUUUAUGGGAUUGAUACUGCUCAUGCAUGCAAGGGCCUCUUGCACCUCCUUUGAAUGCUCAAUGUCCAUGGUAUGUUCUCCUUCAACUUCUGUUGCCCCACAUUUUCUCCUUCCUAAAUCCAGAGAUCCCCAAUGUUUUGAAAUUCCAAAUAUGAGAGUUACAUCAAUUGCUCUCUCUCUCUCUCUCUCUCUCUCUCUCUCUCACACACACACACACACACACAUGCUGAGCCACCCGCUAACUAAGCAAGUGGUGGGAAGCUAUGCUCAUACGGUGACUUUUUAAUGUUUAUAUAUGCUCUUCCUCACCCCUCAGUUCACCAGGAAUCAUGUAGGCUGAUCUAUAAGCACAGGAGCCAGCAGAAAGCUCUCUGUUUUUGCAUCCGUCCUUACUCACCCACCCCAAAAUAGAAGCAACUGCAUAGACAGUUUCCGGAUAUGUUUGGGAAAAAGAACAUUGCCAUGUGUCAGUUCUAAUUAAGAAGUGCCAGAGUUAAAGGGAAAUGAGCACAACUUGGAUUAAUCUAAACAGGUCCAUCAGGGAGUGGGAAAUCUCUUCUAAUUUGGGAGUUGCGGCCAUGAUGCUAGGCAAACCCAGAGUGGCUGGCUUGCUUCAUUGUCUAGAAUUGGCAAUGCUGUUAAACACUAGCAAAGUAUUCUCAUCCUGCCCUUGAGUCAGGCGACUGUGGCUUAAGUGUUGAAGUCAACCAAAGUUGAAUUUUUCAGAGGAUGCUUACAUGGUAUUUGAACUGGGCUCAGGUGAGUGCUCUCCUGGACCCAUGUCCAGACUGCCCUCAUCCUAUUUCACUUUGUCUGUGAUCUCUGACCACAGUGAAUCAUAGCUUGAACACACCAGAUGCCAUUCCGAAGGCCUGUUCAGCACACCAAAAUUCACUAAGAAAGUUCACACGACAAAAGAAAAAACUCAUGCGAAGCAGGCCACCUUGUCCUUUGGAGACCAGGCCUGGUAGGCAGAAUGCAUAACUGAGGCCUGAUUGAUGGCAAAGGAGCAGGUGGGGUGAGUGUGCUCUUCUGCACUUCCUGUUAAAUUGUGUGGAUAAAGGAAUGUAUGGAGGUGUGCUCAUAUUUUGUGCAGCUUCAACUCUGCGGUUGUGAUAAUGCUAAGUCCGACAGAGGAGGAGAAUCUGAAGAUAUUCCCCACCGUCCACCUUAAGUCCCCAAGGCAGGUUACAGCCAUUUAAAAUACAGUUUAAAAAAACAACAACUUAAAAGCUUACAAUUAAAAAACACAAUUGCAAAAAAACCCCAGGAUGCGUCCUAAAAAUAUACAUCUCAGGUGUAAAAGGCCCAUGUGAAGAGGUGUGGCUUUGGCGUUUGCCAAAAAUUGUAUAAUGAAGUUGCCAUGCACCUCUGUGGGGAGGAACUGCCACAGCAUAGGCUCACAUAGGCAAGGGAGGUGGCACAACUCCCUUUACUUUUUGAGUCUAAGGCCUGUGUGAAAUUCUUGCAGGGAACUGAGGGAGAAGCCAGACUCAGCAGUGCCAGGUUUGUAGGUCAGACCAAAGGGUCAUAUCCAAGGGGUGGAUAAAUCAAGACUUCCAGCAAGCCAGAGGAAUGUGAGUUUCUGCCAGGCUAAAUGCGUGGUGGCAAGUGCAGAAAUGCAGAAAGGGGGGGGGGCGGACUAAGGAGCUGACGAGCCGUGCAUUCAGGUUGUAUAAACUGUAAUGAUUUCCUUGUUAAAACAAAGGAAAAAAUCAAUGAGGUGCACAGCUAAUGGCAUCAAAGGGUUCCUUCUUGUCGAUAACACUUAAGGAACUGACUGUCCGCAGGAGGUUUGGAGAUGAGCUUCUCGGAAUAACCUCCAUCCGGGAUGCUCAAAGGCAGGAGUCCAUGAACACAGCAGGACCCUGCAUCCUCCUUCUCCUGCAGGCAGUGUUAAUUCCCUAAUUAUAAGGCCAAAGAAGAGAGAGAUUAUGGUGAACUUUCUUAGGCCUGGAGCUCUUGUAUUACCUGACAUAAAAAAACAACAACCAGGCCUCUCUCUUUUUGCAUCAAUAAUUAAUCAGAGCAAUUAGGAGAGGGAUUGUACUCUACAAUUAGCUGUGAUCAGUGUUGAUUCCCCACUUUUGCCCUGAAGGCCAGCUGGUCCCCUGGAGUUCAAGCUCAGUGCCUCAAAAAUGCCAAUUGGCAACAAUUCAGGAGCUGAGAACUGUCAGGUCUGAUAAGAAGCAGGAAAUAGCAAGGGAACAUAACCCUCUUGUUCUUCUCUGUAAAGCUCACCCAGAGUCAGUAGCCCCUAGCAUGCAUAGACUGUGUACUUUUGAUCUUUGCCAUCUGUGCUGAAAUACACGCAGGUUGGCAUUGUUACUGUUAACCCCACGGGGGGGGGAUGUUCUGGAUUUAUGGUGGCGGGUACAGAUUACUCAUUAAUUAAUUAAUUACACUAGUAUCCCAUCUUUCCUCCAAGGAGCUCAAGAUGGCACACAUAGUUCUCCUCCCCUUUUUAUCCUCACAACAACCUGUUAAGGUAGGUUGGACUGAGUGACUGGCUGGAUCAGGGCCACCCAGCAAGCUUCAUGGCUGAGUGGGGAUUUGAACCCUGAUCUCCCAGAUCAUAGCCUGACACUUUAACUACUACGCCACACUGGCAUGUUUGCUUCACUCUUAAUGUUUGGUUACAAACUGAGCAUCAUUUCCCCACAGAAGUUCUCUGGUGUCAGAUUCUGCCUUAUUUUAUAAGAAAGGUGGCGAUUUAAGCAUGCAUAUACUGUUCACAGCGUUAUAUGUAGCCACAAUGUUUUCCGUACCCCAGAACCAAAGUCAUGUAGGAAGUAUCCCUAAUGAUGUAACCUAUUUCUUCAGAUGUAGCAGCUUUGACAGCCUGCCAGAAAGAUGUGGCAUAUAUAAUUUCCUUUGACUUCUUCCUUCAGCUUCUGGAGCAAACUGUGGACAUGUUGACUACUUCUGCUUAUGUGUCACUAAAUCCUAUACUUUUAAGAUGAGAUGAAGCUCUCCUAGAUUUGAUGUGUGAUAAGAUAUAAUAUCACAUAUAAUAUCAAUCUCUAAUGUCUAAGACCUACAGUUCUGUGGACUAAAGAAUGGGCACCUGAUGUUACUGACCCUUUUGACAAGGUGACUUUAAAACAGUGCAAUGACUGGCAGCCUCAGCAGUAGAGAAGCUACUGCAAGACCCAGGUUUGGGGGCUGUAGUUUGGAAAUGUGCCGCAGUAGACCCAUUGUGGACAAUACUUUAGAAAGCAACUCUGAAGGACAGAAAGUUGCAACCGUGGAAUUGAAGGGCCCAAAGUUGCUCUUGUUAUCAACUGAUGAUUUCAUACAUAUAUGCAAAUUCUCUUUCACGCACAUUAGUUGUUGUACUCCAUGCAAACCUUAGUCAGUGAUGCUCCAUUGUGCACUCAUCAGGGUUCGUUGUAGGACCAUGGAGCUGACAGUGGCAGUUUGGGCACAGCUGACAGCAGGAAGGAGGAAAUGCUUUUCAUGGGGGGAAAUGUGUCCAAUGUACCUGCAGUCUAAUUUAGGGCAGAACUGAGAGUGCAGGAAUAUGCACCUAAUGAAAAACUGGCCCCAGUACUGCUGCAAUGAAAAAAAACUGUGUGGCUAGGGUUAAGGGGUUAAAAGAGCCAUAAAGGGAGUCACUGCAGCUUGCCUGAGCAUAACAUUGUAACAGCAAGAUGUAUAAUCAUUGGUGUCAGGGUGGUUGGGGUAAGAUUCAUUUUCCUGAUAAUUCAAGGCAUGAUUGGAAGCUAAUUUUGAAACCUUAUUAGACCAGAGGAUGCUGGCUAUUGCAAGAAGCUAAACAAUAUGCUAUUAACAGACCAAAGCAAUUGGGCUUCCAGUUCUGCCCUUGGGUGAUGACUCCCUUAUAGCCUUUUCCAUUCUAAAUAAAGUUUUCCUGUGAUUGAAUUACAGGAAAUACACUGGUGGGGCAGCUCUCCCUGGUGGAUUGCAGUUGUUCAGCUAUCUGCCUGUCGGGCAUAAGUCAUGGAGGUGUGCUCAGUGCAAUGAGCUCCUGGCUCUCAGGAAACAAGUUAGCUCCCUUGAGGCUAAGGUAGCUGACCUGGAUGUGCUGGGGGAGGCAGGAAGGUCUGUAGAUGAGACUGUCAGAAACAUGAUAGGGACACCCCAUGCCUGGACUAGUAGCUCCUCUGCUGUCACAGAGUUGAGGGUUUUGGGGAAGGAAAGUGUCAUUCUGAGAAAGAGGGAAAUGAUCCUUAGAGGAGACCCAUACUUUGGUGUGAACUAAUUUUCGUUCAUGCUGAGUACAUGCCACUGAGAGUAGGCAGAAAGAGCAAUGCUUGUAGUGGGUGUUUCAUUAGGAAUACAGAGUUUAUGAUAGGUGGAUUGACCUCAUGGGGAGCUACCUGUCUGAUGUGAAGGUUGCAAUUCAUCCCACAGUGUGGAUCCUUUACAUGAAAGACAUUGUGACAGCCCUGGAUCUUGCCGGUUUCAUAUUCCUACAUCAGCUAAAAAAAUAUCAGCACCCCAAGAAUCUCAGUGUCCCCAGUUGGUGCACUGGACAGUUUGACUUCCACUCCAAAAUGAAAGCCUAAACCCAGUGGUAGCCAACAUGGUGCCCUCUAAAUGUUGUUGGGCAUCAGCUCCCAUCAGCCCCAGGAAGCAUGGGAAUGGACCAGGAUGAUGGAAGCUGGUGUCCUCAACAUCUGGAGGACAUGAGGUUGGCUAAGCUCAUGGACCCUAUUGGAGAGGCACUGGACUUUGUUUGCACCUUACAAUUCUUUAUGUGCUGUGAAAAUCCUGCUCCUUCUGCAUUUAUUCAUUAGAGAGGGCACCUAUUGGAUUGAUAGCAGUUGGUUAGGGGUCACAGUAACACAGGUAAACUCAAACACCUCAAGAACAAAUGGGCACUUAUCAAAGCAAAUGAAAAAAUCUUGGACUUUGAAUUUCUCCAUCUUAAUUUUAAAAAGUGUUGGAUUUCCUAAUAUCCUCAUUGCCUAAAGGGGAAAUACCAUUGUACUUAGUAUACAAGUGAACAUACUAGCUCUCAAAAUAGAGUGUUUCAAAGAUAGGAAUCAAUGGACCCUUGCACACUUACUUCCAAGUAAGUAUUGUUGUGUUCAAUGUGGCUUAGUCCAAGUAAGUGUGCAUAGGAUUGCAGUCAAAUUUUUGUAUGCUCAGCAACUCUUAAGAGCAGAACCUCUUAAGAGAACUAAUAUGUUAACCAGAAGCCAUGAGAAGUCAGUGGGAUAUGUGUGGAUUUUCUAGUACUACAGGAUCCUUAGCCUACUAGCUGAGAGGUGGAGCAAUGUUGUUUUUUUUAAAGGAACUUUUAUGUUGUGAACCACCCUAAGAUCUACAGAUGAAGAGCAGUAUACAAAUGUAAUAAAUAAACUUAGAAGCAAAAGUCGUCAAAGGUCAUUUGCCAUUAUCUAUGAUAAACCAGACUUGAACCCUUAUUCUCAACUAUCCUUUACAAUACACUUUCAAGUUACGGGAACAAGCUGACUGAGUGAAAGUUCAGCUUGGUUGUUGGAAAAGUUGCACCAAAUUAAUUCACAUUCAGUCAUUUUCUUUCACUGAGUGAAGGCAGAACUACAUAUUACACAUAAAUACAUGUGAAAACAACUCUGGCAGACACUUCUCUUAGGGCAGAUAUAGGGAACCUUUGGCUCUUCAGCUGUUGCUGAGCUACAACUCUCACCAGUUCCAGCAAGAUUGACCAAUGGCCAAGGAUGGUGUGAAUUGUAGUUCAGCAACAUGUGGAGGGCUGGAGGUUACGCACAUCUGUCCUGAGGAAAAGCAGCUUUGAAAGAGAGUGGUUCAGAAGCAGCACAAGUAGAUGUCUAACCCUUUCUCUGCUUGCCACUGUUCUGCUGGAGCUCCUCUCCCAGCUCCUUCCCCACACUCAGAGUUCUAGGUAGAUAUUUGCAUUAGUGUUUAGAACCAUGUGAGAGCCAUAUAGGGAGGGUUAAGCAGCCAGGGAGAGCUAGAGGGGAAGGGAUAAGUUUCCUCUUUCCCUGUGACUUGGCUUUCCAAAGCACCUUCUCCCAAAGCUGCAAAUCAAGAGGGCAUCAGGGGUUUUUUUUGCUAUGUGUGUUGGCUUGCAACAUGUCAUUCUUCCUUGAAAUAAGGGUGUCUGAGAAGGACUCACAUCAUAAGCCUGAUAUAUGGGAGUGCAAGGUUCUGUUUCCACACUUGGUAAUUACUUACGUGAAAGAAAAGUUAGCAAGUUGCUUUCAUAGGAGAGCAGAAUUAUUUGACCUCCCAAGUGCUGGUUCCUUCCUAAAGGGGUUUUUCUGGAGAUACUUGCAAUUAAACCAAUUACCACUUGCGUAUAACAGUGCAAUCGUGGACACAUCUACUCAGUGAGCAUCAGCAAGCUUGUGAAUUCAGUUUGGCAAUGAUAUGGGGUGGGGGGUGGGGAGAAUCUGGUCCAGCUGAUGUGCAAACCAUCUAUCACACAAGUGCAUUUUGUGCAUCAGCUCAGCUUGUUAGGAGCCUUUGCAUCCCAGCAGAGAGGCAGCCAUCUCCAAUAAACGCUGGCAUUAUGUAAUUAUUUUGCAAGCCUGACUCUGCCACAUCGAGCGCUGCUGAUCAGAGAUGUGUGGCAGCUCACAGUGCCUUUUGAGUUCCUUUUCAGGCUGUCUGCUUAGCUUUGUCUGCAUCCUACUCUGUUAUUUAAAAAAGAGCUUAGAAUAAGCAUCGGGUUACUUAUCAGCGAGGUAAAAGGAGAGGCAGGAAUGCAGAACAGAAAGAGAGCUUCUCUGAUAAGAUGUAGCUUGACAGAUAUAGCAUGGAAACAGAUGCCACAGGCUGCAGAUGUAAUGAGAUACAUAAAUACCGAGGCCUACUUGAAUAAAUGGAGGCAUCAUCUUCCAUAAAGAUGUCUGCUGGCGCUCCCAGACAUCACUACCUGUGUAUUUCAGCACCAGAAGUCAGAUUGGUUUGAUUUCAGAAGCAGAAAAAAUAUGUUUUACUUGGGGAUUUUGAUCAGCAGAUUUUAUUUUCCAGCACACAGAGCGGCAUCUCACCUUUUAACAAGCUUUCUGAGAUGCCAAGAAACAACAGUGUCUCUGUGACUGCACAAUAAAGCUAGUUUGCAGGGUUUCUGCCUGUACAACACCUUGCUAAAUGCUUGUGUUCACUCCAGCUUAAGUGAGAAUUUAGUCUAGAAGGCCCAGGAAGACAAAAGCAUUAUUCUAUCCUCAUCAUUUCCUUAAUAAAAGAAUGGUCUGUAACUAUGUGGCUCAAAUAGCUGUGCUCCUGGUGAUGGGUACUAAGACUGGAACUGGCAUCUCUUCAUUUUCAUUCUAGUUGUGCUAAGGGCGCUUUUAAAGAUACUGUGAAGUGGGGUGAAGGUACCAGUUGGGGUUGAUGAAAAGUCAGGCUUCCUGCCAAUAAGCAAUGCAUGGCAAGGCAGAUGUACUUUCCAAGUUCUUACAGCACAAUGUUUACUCAGAAGCAAGUAUCAUUGAGUUCGGUGUGUGUUGCUCUCAGGUAAGUGGGUGCAGUGGCCUAUCAGUUGCCCCAGACACAAAAUUGUUAGGGAUGCAACAUUUCAACACUCAGUGCUGCCUCAAUACGGCUCUGUCUCUGGGCUGCAUUGAAAACGGCUUCUCCAUGUGAACCAGGAAAUGACCUCUUUCGACAAGGCAUCUUCUUUUCUCAUCUCUUUGGCUGCCAUCUCCUGGGUGACGUGGAUGCCAUUAGGCAGUUAAACAUGUAUGUAUAUAUGUGCCCCUCCAUGCGACACCAGGCACUGGCAACCCACGCUACACCACUGUGUGGGGACAGGACUGUAGUUCUAAUUUUGUAUUGUCUCAGGCUACUGUUUAGCUAAUAUGAUUGUCAUAAGUUGUAACCACUUCCCUUCACGUAUAUCUGCGCAUGAACAUUUCUUGAGUUUCCUGAUUCAUGCAUUGUCAGCGUACCAACAGCAGCUUUGAAAAGUAAGUUUAGUAUGAGAAUUGCAAAACCGUAUCACUUCUCUUCCCACCCAUCUUCCCGAAGCAGGCUGCCCAUCUCAGCUACACCCUGGAAUGCUAACAAUAGGGAAGGAAUAAGUGCAGGCUCUUCUGCAUGUGUGCCAUGCAAAUCGUUAGGAUCAGGUGUUUGAAAUGAGCACACCUGAAACUCAAAUAAAAACCUGAGCAGACACACCCUUACUGUCAUAUAGCCUUUCUUUAUUGUUGGUCACCCUCAGCUCAUAUUUUUUCAUACUUGUAUUGAAAUUCACAUCCCGCUCUUCCAGACAACAUGCCAAAUCAAGUCCGUUUACAGUACAUUAAAAUAUUUUGACAUAAGCAUGGGUCAUAGUGCAUCUUCUAUCAGCGCUGGUUAUAAAAUGGGCAUUUUCUCCUUUUGCCCCUGUGUUGCAGAAUGUUCUUCCUUUCCCCUGCCAUAUAUGCAGCAGCAAUCACCAGUGGCUUCAGAUGUAAAGAUGAAUUGAUUUGCCCAGCCUUUCCAUGACCAAUAAGAUCAGACCCUGUUUUAUGUGUUUGACUCCUCUAACUCCUGUUUUCAAUGAUUUUAUAUUGCUGCUUUAUUGGUGUUAAGCUGCAUUUUAAAAUAAUACUGAGCUUUUUUUAGAAUACUGCACACACCCUGGAAUUUUUUGAAGUCUUAAGUGGUUUGUAAAUGUUAUUAAAUAAUUAAAUGUCUUACUCUUUGGACAUUAAGCGGAAUUAAAUGGUAUAGCAUCAUGUCAGUUCACAGGGGUAUGUGGGAGGCAGGGAAGCAAUUUUUAUGAACAUUCCUCCACGCAAUGGAGACCUCAGAGGAAAACAGCAUGUUAAAUAGGCAGAACCAUUCUCCACAGCAUGGUAGUUUUCUAUGGAGAGUGAGUUUCAUUUCCAGAAGACCAUUCAGAUAUUUGAUUCCUCUCAUCAAACUAAAAACUGGUAAAGUCCCCAAAUGGCUUAAUUUUCUUGCUUGAACAAACUAGUAUUUAAGAGAUAUAUUCUGUAAGAUACUCAGUGUAUUUAACACAUAGCAAGGGGUGAUUUGUCAUGUCAUAAGUGCAGAACUAAAUACUGAGCUGGCUACUAAAAGGACUGUGAUUCACAAUACAAUCAAGGUUGGUUACCCACAGCAACAAUUAUUUCUUUUUCGUAAACCCAAUGAGCAGUCAAUUCAUGUUAAUCAUGUAAUUUCUAUUUUGGUGGGUUUAUUUUCUCACAGCAAACAUUGCUAAUAGGAAGUGAGGGCUUGAUCUUGACUCAGCUGAGCAUAAGCUCAAAACCUUGUUAGAAAGAUGCCUUCUCAUUUUGGAAAACACAUUGCUUUCUGACGUGUCAGGAAUGAAUUUGAUUCUUUGCUGAAAUUCUCUAAUUUUUCUUCCAACACAGACAAUUGUACAUUCCUCUGUCUUGAAAUUCUUUCUUUCAAAACGUUGAUAUUUGCCAUGUCCUGACUCCUGACUCUUCAAAUGGAAGUUUCUGCUGAUGUUACAUAGUUUUUUUUUCUUCCUCUCUCACAACAUGCAUGCAUGCACACACACACACACACACACACACACACACACACACCCCAAUAUUAGCAGAGGUGGAAGAAAACCUUGAACUAGCUUCCUCCUAAGCUUUGUAUUCUUAGUUUCUGCCCCAUUAAUGCUGUAAUCCUGUACAAGCAUGUAAUAUGCAUGUAUAAAAUUGCACUGUAAGGCACAGAGCCCAUGCAUACCUAAAGGACUUAGCUAUAAACCAGGGAGUCCUUGGUCACUGGAUGGCUUAUAGAUUCUUGACUGUCAGGGAUCCCACAGAGUAAGUGGAAAUGCACAUAGAGACAAAAUUGCACCCUUCAUGGAUCCUUGCAAACUACAGUCUUCAUGUCCCCCCCCCACAUCCGCACCUACACUAUGACAUAUAAAUUAAAUAAAUAAACACGCACACAUCAUUCUACUAGUUAUUUUGCUUACAAUAUUUGUCUAAUGUACAGGGUUGAUGUAAAGCAAGGGUGGAAACCUUUGGCUCUGCAGAUGUUCUUGGACCACUGCUCACAUAAUCACUGAUCAUUGGCCACAUUGACCAGGGUAUCGAAGUUCAACAACAUUCGGUUGUUGGUGCAGGUUGGCUUUUCCUACUGUAAGGAUUACUGUGCUGUGUGAAGUCUAACAAGGGUUGUUAAGUCAACAUGCACUUUGAGUGGGUUCUUUGAAUAGUUUGAACCCUCCCUAUCCCCAUAAAAAUUUCCACAUACGUGAUGUAGUCAAUCAGUGCCUCUCUCCAUUCAGUGAAGAACCGGGUUUGGAUACAAUACUAGCAUAUGUCAGUUACUGGAGCCACAUUCAGUAUGCAAACACCAGGACUUGUUUGCAAGCUGAAAUGUAAAUUCAAAUCCUGUUUGCACUUUACCCAGGGUGGAGAAUAAUGCUGUUAAAGAAGUCCUAUUGAAGAGCUACCAGCAAGUGAGAGAUCUGGAUCCAUUACAAAGUCACACAACAUGUGCAACCUCCCCUACUGAAAAACCACAGGCAUCCCACACAGUUGCGGGCAAGCCUAAAGAAACAGCAGCAUUCAUUACCAGCAGCUUGUUUCAUGAAAUGGAAAAACACCGUAGUGUCUGUGUGCACCAGCAAAGAAGUCUCCACAGAGCUUGAAAGGGAGUCUGCCACAGACUCAGAACAAACCAUUUUAGGUCAUGUCCUUUGUGGUGAAAGUCAGGCAACUGACAAGAUCAAGCUUGCCCUUCUUUUAGCCCCACCAAGUUAUUAUAGAUUUCCCAUGAGGCAAUGAGGGAGAUGCAGUCAUGCUUGAUGUGUGUUAACCAGUGAUGUGGGUCAAAAAAAAAUCCAAAGCAGGAAAUUUUUCAAGUGUCCCCCCCCCAACAGAAAAUUUUCUGUUUCAUUAGAAACAAUGAGUGGAUGCCCACUGCAGAUUCCUAUUAGGCAAGUGUGCCAUUAAAAACAACUUAUGCAAAUGACCCUAAUUUGCAAAGGAACUUUUUUCCAAUUCAGACAUUUCCAGAAAACUAUACAGUGGUACCUCGGGUUACAGAUGCUUCAGGUUACAGACACUUCAGGUUAUAGACUCCACUAACCCAGAAAUAGUACCUUGGGUUAAGAACUUUGCUUUAGGAUGGGAACAGAAAUCGUGCAGUGACGGCACGGCGGCAGUGGAAGGCGCCAUUAGCUAAAGUGGUAGCUCAGGUUAAGAACAGUUUCAGGUUAAGAACGGACCUCCAGAACAAAUUAAGUUCUUAACCCGAGGUACCACUGUAGUUUAUUCAUACAACCAGUCAACACACCAAACUGACCUUCUGAUGGAAGCUUAACCACAAAAGCUCACCAUCUCAAACAUUCAUCCAGAUUUGUCCCCAUUUCUGUAGGGUUGUGUAUUAGGAUUCAAUACUGCUUCAUUUACUGUAACCGUUCUCAAGUGUCUGCUCCCCAAGAGGUUCUUCAGCAGCUCCCAUUCAUUUCAGUGGGCUUGCACAGGAGAAUUUCCCAAAGGAUUGUUUCCAUCAUUAAUGUCCGUGGUCACUUCUGUCAGGAUACCAGACUAGUUUCAGUGGGACAUCAAAGCAAGAAUCUAAAAACACAACGAAUCUUUCUAAAUGGGUCAGAUGUCCUGCUUGGGGUACUUCUGGCUUUCUCAACUGUUUGUUGGGUCAGACACACACUGUGCAUUUUGGGAUUCAUCAUAGCAUAAGAACAUAUGAAAAGCUCUGCUGGAUCAGACCAAAGGCCUAUCUGGUCAACAUUCUGCUCUCACAAUAGCCAGCCAGAUGCUGUUGGGAAGCCUACAAGCAGCACUUGAGUGCCACAGGGCUCUCCCUACUUCUGAGCCCUAGCAAAUGGCAUUCAGAGUCAUAGCAAAUGCCCCUUUUGCCCUUGGCCAGCCAGAAACUGCCCAAGCUUAUGAUGUUUGUUUUAUGAAAUGCAAUGAUUCCUGCUGUGCAUAGCCCACUGUCCCCAUAGAGUUUUCAAACAGUAAGCCACUAUGUAAUUUAAUAUCGGAGGUGAAAAGGCUGCCUAACUUAUUCAACAGAAGAUUUUCACAUCCCUUCAGAUUAAUCCCAAACCUUACACAGCCAAAACCAUUUUUUCUGUCCAUUGUUUGUUUGAGUGGGGAGGUGGAUCAGAUUCAAGUUUAUGCUGGAAACAAGACCAUGCCCUUCAAAAAGAGAAUAUUCGCUUAUUUUUCUAGGCUCUGAAUAACCUCUAUAGUGCGUACUGCACUUUCCUCUCAGUGCUACUGUCAUAAGACAAAGUAGCUAUAAGAAAUGGCUUUAUGCUGAGUCAGUAAACUAAGGAGGUUUUUUAAUUCCAAAGACUUCCUCCUGAGUCAGACUAUUGGUCCAUUUUCCCUUUUGCAUUCUGAUCAGUAAUUGGGAGAUUUUCCCUGAUCCUGCCACCUGAGAUCCUUUGGUCCAGGGAUGAGGGAGGACCUGUGGCCUUCUAGAUGUUGUUGGGGGUCCCACUCUCAUCAGCCCCAGCCAGCAUGGUCAACAGUCAGGGAUGAUGAGAGCUGUAGCCCAACAACAUCUGGAAGGUUUUACGUUUCCCACUCCUGCUUUAACCAGUCAUGCUGCACCUGCAAUCUUAUAGUUAUGGGUCAUACGCUGUACUAGUGAGUUAUAUAUAUUUAUAUAUAGCCAUGUGUGUGCUGUGCUUUCCUUUUGCUGUUUACGUGUCUUGAGUGGAACUAUGGUUGGCUUCCAGGUUCUAUUGAGGGCAAAGUGUUCCUUGCAAGUACAUAAUGGCUGGUAGGAACAUUCAUUUCUGGUGUGUGGUAGCAUGGCCUCACAAAGGAUGGUUCUGAUCCAUCCAAGCUAGGCUGACACUCCACUUUCCAGUGAGAUGUAUGAAUACAGCACAGUGACUCACUGUAUUGUUCCAUCAGAGCGAGAUGAAACUAUCAUCAUGUCUAUAAGGCAACUUAGCAGGUUAGAGCUGCACUGUAACUAUUAUUAUUAUUAUUAUUAUUAUUAUUAUUAUUAUUAUUAUAAAUAAAUAAAUGCAUUUUCCUGGUGCUCAAGCUUGCUUACAUGCACCCAAUCUUUGGAUAGUCUCACAGGCGGCGUUGGAAAUUUUCCAGGCACCAGGAACAUUUUGCACCUGGCUAUUGGCCACUUGCAACCAAGUGAAGCUGCCCGGGUGCCAGGAUGGCGUCUGAUGUUUCCACCAUCUGGAGGUGCAUGCCUGGGGGUCCUUGGGUCUUGCCUGUUUCCACACACUAGCAAAACAUUCUGCAGAAUUCUAUCUGUGAUAUUUUAACUUCACAAUCAGAAUGAAAAAAGUUGCAUUGAACGAUACGACUUGCAAGCCAUUUGACCCCCAAAUGGCAAGUAGACAUUAUGCUUUAACCCUGAUUUAAGGAGCCAUUUGGUGCCUAGUUAAAUAUAUCUGAGUUUCUAACGUUGCUCCCAGGCAGUGACUGGUCUGUCAGUUUAACAUUGUAAAGCUCCUGUCUCUCCCCCCCCCCCGCAUCCUUGCCUUGAAUCAUACCUCCACGUACAGCAAUAGCGCCUUGGCACUUCUGCAUGUUGCUUGAAAUGUAAACAAAACACCAAGUGAACAAAUGCCGGAGGCAGCAAACGCUGUGAAGUAACAGCAAAACGUGUCAAGAUGCCAUGAUCCCAUGGUGGAUUGAUGCUUUUAUCAGAAUUUCCUUCUCUCCCCCCCCCCCGGCUUUCUUUCUUUCAAAGCAUUGCAUGUUGUUGACUCACAGUGCCAGUGGGGAGGUGUUUUGUUUUAUCUCCUCCUGCCCACAUAUGCAAAACCCUGAUAACUCUGCAUUAACAAGCAGCUUUCAUUUUUAACCGGCACUGUCAUCUGAGCAGCAAAGCAUCUCUCGAGAAGCAACACACAACUAAAUCAUGUUGGAUGGCCCCUGUCUUUUUCCAGAGAUGAACUCAUUGAUAUGUGAGAUUUAUGUUGUGCACUUCCCCACUGCUACAAGAAAGAGUAGAGUUGAAGGAGUGUGGGAGGGGGAGGUCAAUGAGGCUCUAGUCCGGUGACAACCAGCGUCAUGACCAAUGUGCUACAAGUAGGGACAUCAGGGAAUUUCCAAGGAAAACAGAGACAAGAGCAGAAAUGGCCAGUGUUCAUGUAUUCAUCCCAUGUCCAGAAUGGAAAUUGAUCCCGUGAAUAUGACCGGUAUUUGCAAUUGUUGCUUUCGGUCCGCAAAUGAUACGUAAUUGAUAAUGUUUCCCCAUUAUUUGUGUUGCGUUUCGUUCAUGCUAAAAUGAAUGGGGCAGAAUAAUGUAAAGAAAAUAUAAUGUUCACAGAUAAAUUCUGUAAUUAUGAUAGGGAGACAAAUAACAUAGUUUUUGGUGGAAGAUGAAGUGCAACAGAAUGGAAACAUUGUUGCAUGAGACAAAUGCAUGUAUUUUGAUCUGAGAUAAGGGAUAGGUAUGGAUAGCCAAGACCAUAGACCUGCCUUCUUCUGUUCAUGGUGCCACUGCUGAGCUUAGGCAUGUAGUUUUGUCAUUCAUUUCAUGUGGAUGGUCAUCUUCAAAAUAGACCUGCCUACCUACUGAGAAAUAAAUGUGCCAUUAUCAGAAAGCAGUAGCAAUAUGGCUGUGGUAAAGGUAGUUCCUUGUAGUUUGUUUGGAAUGAGACAAACCAUGAACCUAGGUUGGCAUAUAAGGCUAAGCCAAACUAUCAUAGUAUAGUGGCAACAGGACCAGGGAAGGAGCAAAGCACCAGCACAUUGCUUAUUCACUUUAAGCUAUCAUUUGGCUCAGUGUUUCAUGUGAAUCAGGCCAGUGUGAGUGUUUAAAGUUUCCGAGUAACCCAGAGGUAAAGCAAUAAGAAAGUAGAGCACAUAAGAAAAAAAUAAAAUUAUACAAAAAUAGCACUGUCAGGGUCACACUGCUAACACUUUGAUCUAGAGGAUGGGUCCUUGAACUUUAAAAGUCUUUAGAAUUAUUGAAAACAUUUCUUAAUGGUGAGAUACAUGUUGGGUGCAAAUGUCUGUCAAAACUCCAAUGGCCUCUGAAGGACAAGUCAUUCAGGGAGGUUGUACUUUGGACCAACAUAUUGCAAUUCUCCCCCAAACCACCCAUCCCUGUAGGGUUCCAAAGAACAAUAUAGCAGAAUGGACCUGAACAGCAAAUUAGAUAAAGGUGAGGGUAGGAGGGGAAUGGCAGUGAGAAACAUCUAAGCUUUAAACCCACCUUCAAGCAAUUCCUAAGUUGAAUAUGGGCACUUCCAGACUGCUGCUAUUUUCAGGUGGGAUUCAGUCAUAUACAUGCAGGUCUCGCUUACCAAACGCAAUGCGUUCCCAGGAAAUCAUUCCUGAGGCUAGGGUUCGCAUUAUGAGCUGAUGAUUUCCAUUAUUUCCUUUGUGAACAUAUCUUAUCCACAAUCUCUCUUCCCACUCCCACCAUGGUUUCUUUCGACCAGCAAAAGAGAGUCAAAGGGAAAACAGAUUUGUCCAAUCUCUCCUGCUCUCUUAAUUGUCCAAUCUCUCCCCCUUCCCUCUCUUUGCACUUUAUGCCCUAAAUAUUUGCCAUUGACCAGCAAAAUACAAAUAAAUUAGGAGGUGGGCAAAUUCCAGCUGUUCGGAUAUCUGAAUUUGAGGAAUGUGUAGAGAUGUUUGUGCAUAAUUCUUUAUUUUCAGAUAAGUGAAUUUUCGCAUGGUGGGAACUGUGGGAACUGGCACAUUCAGGUUGGGCAAUUAUAGUUGUUUGGCAUAAGAAACCCAGUUCUUAAAACAUUGGACUUUUUGUGAUGGAUAAAGUGAUGAGGAAACACCCUGGAAAGUGUGGGAUGAUACUUGUUUUGAUGCAAUGUCAUCUCACCUCCUGGCAAACAAAUGAGGACGAAUGCUCAUCAAAUAGCCAACAUUGUCUAAUCUCCCUGCAAAGAAAUCCAGAUGAAUGCUCAGUAAACAGGUUUUCUAGAAGUGCCCUCUGUGCCUGUGCCUUUCAUCAUGAAACUGCUUUUGCAGUGGAGCAUGCCGACUGGUGUUGGCGAAAGCCCAUCUGUACAAAUCCAUAAACAUUGCCUCCUUCAGCCAACAGGACAAUGGAAAUGCAUGUCUGAGCACACACUACAUCGUGCCUGUGGACCAUGUUUUGCUCCUGCGAUAAGGCUUUGCACAGCCUCUGAGACUUGGAGGCUCAUGUGGGGAGGUGUGUGAAUAAGUCACUCAAUGGGGCUGGGCCUUGUACCAGGCUUGCUUUUGUACAAAUAUUUUUCCCCCCUCCUGCAGCUUUGGCAUCUCUUUCUUUUGCAUUGUUUCUCCAGAAGUUAUUUAAUGCAGCCUUUGGGGGCCAUGGUCAGGUCAAUGGUAACAAUGCCAAAGAUAAGGAUAAACGAUUGUGUCAGUGUGUGAGCACUCAGGGAUGGCUCUGCCGUAAGGCCCCGUGCUCCGUAAUGUGCCACUCUUUGUUCAUUGCACCCAAGGGCAUCUGCAUGGAAACUGUAUCCGUACUGCUUACAAGCUUGCCCGCCGCUGCUCUUUUCUUCUUCGCUUGGCAUCCUGAGCCUAUAUAAUUCAAGACACAAUUGCCCAUUCAGCAAUCGCCACCAAGCAUUGCAAAGCGAGAAACAGAAUGCUGGAGGGGAAUGAAGGAGGCUGUGUAGAGAGGAACUAUCACACCGUGAACAGCAAAACCUGUUCAAUGGUCAUUCUUCUCCCCCAUCGCACCCCAGAAGAAAGAUAAUCAGAGCAACAGUCAUCCGGCCCCAUUUGCUUCUCUGUUAGCAAAUUGCAUAUACAGUGGUAUCUCGGGUUAAGAACUUAAUUCAUUCUGGAGGUCUUUCAAUUUCAUUGUUCUGCAUGGGACAAUGACAAUAAAGAUAUCAGAUAUCGUAUAUCGUUCUUAACCUGAAACUGUUCUUAACCUGAGGUACCACUUUAGCUAAUGGGGCCUCCCAGUGCCACCGCACCGCCGCCACACGAUUUCUGUUCUCAUCCUGAAGCAAAGUUCUUAACCCGAGGUACUAUUUCUGGGUUAGCAGAGUCUGUAACCUGAAGUGUCUGUAACCUGAGGUACCACUGUAUGGGCAUGUUGACAGCCAAAACUGCUUGGGGGAGAGGACAGGAGUAGAUCUAUCCAGGGACAUACAUGGUGAGUAGAGAACUCUUGAGGUCUGCAGGGCAAUCCUGGCUGGAUGGUAGGGGUGGUGUUGCUUCCAGAAGUGGCUUUCCAGAUGGUGUGGCGCCAUUAAUCCAGCUUCCCAGCAGAUCAGUCACUGUUGCUUACUAAUAAUGGGAAAGCAGAUGGGGAGCAAACACAUUGGUGGAGCCAAUCCGAUACUUGGGCUGGUGCAUUUAACUUCCCCACCGCUUUUUCCCUCUCCCUCCUGGUAAGCAACAGUGACACACCCUCUGGGAAGCUAGCAUACAAGCACUGCCCCACCUGGCACAGAUCCACUUCACACUCAAAUAAGUUGGGACUGAAGAACAGACAUGCAUUCUGUCUCUGAAUAGUAGCGGCAGAGAGCAGUUCACAGGCACAAACUCUCAAGCUUGCCAGUGGUGGGAAGGAAAUGGAAGGGAAGUGCAUGGCAAGCAUUUAAGCUCCUUUCAGCAUGACACUUAAAAGACACAGAAUUUGUUCUGGUAGAGGCACACCCUUAGGCAUAGUCUUUCUGAGAUGCAUAGCAGAACUGUGAACAAAUCAGGAACACAUGCAUGUCCCAAAGGGAAAAUGUGCAACUUCUCUCCUUCCCUGAAACCCAUAACUGUGGAAUGAAAAUAAUCACUGAUGCAUCCUGUAUACUGGGCCUCGGCCAGUAUACCUGAAGGAGCGUCUCCACCUCCAUUGUUCUGCUCGGACGCUGAGGUCCAAAGCCAAGGGCCUUCUGGCGGUUCCCUCAUUGCGAGAAGCAAAGCUACAGGGAACCAGGCAGAGGGCCUUCUCAGUAGUGGCGCCCACCCUGUGGAAUGCCCUCCCAUCAGAUGUCAAAGAGAUAAACAACCACCUAACAUUUAGAAGACAUCUGAAGGCAGCCCUGUUCAGGGAAGUUUUUAAUGUGUGACAUUUUAAUGUAUUUUUCAUUUUUGUUGGAAGUACAAAUAAUAAAUAAAUUUUGUUGGGGUACAAAUAAUAAAUUAUUAUUAUUAUUAUUAUUAUUAUUAUUAUUAUUUAACUAUAACAUGCUUUGGAUAAAGGUGACCAAGACUGAGUGCUUCUCAUAGGGGUGGCCAGCAAGGGUGCACCACUGUCCUCCUGCCAGUGUGAACACACUGGCAGGAGCAUGGGAUUGGCUGCACUGGUGCAUACACACAGGACCAACUUUGCCACCACCCUGUCCCACUUCCACACCAUCCCACUAAGUGGCAGAAGCACCUCCGCCAGGACACUGCCCAAUCCUGCAGGUUGGUCCUUCACAGAGAUACUUCUGUUUGCUCCAGUCAAAACAUUAAUGAGCACAUCAGAUGUUUGGAACCAGAUUGGUAGUAUUCUCAAUGAAAAAGUAGGCAUGUAAUAAACUUAUUCAGCAAACCAGUUAAACAGGACAAUGUAAAUCAGGUGAUGCUUUAGCUGAAAUGAUCAGGGUCACUUAUCUUUCCACACAACCUAAAUAAUUUGAGAAUAGUCAAAGUUUUGGUUAGUCAGCAUUUGUCAAAUGCUAUUGCUCCUAUGACGACUGCUGGUGGUCAGAUGUAAUGCCUGAACUGAGGGAUAUUUAAUAGACAUGGUGCUUAGUUCCCAAAUUCUUGGUUCUGUUGUUCCCAAGCUUCCAUUGAAGCUCUAGCUUUAGGCCUUCAGUAGCAUACUUGAAGCAUGGCUGACCUAUCAGCUGCAUGGGUAGAACUGAGUUGGUGCUAGACUGUGAAUUUAGACUACGCAUAUAAAAAGUAUUCUGUUUCAGAGAAGGCACCCUUUUCCAUUAAAUAAUUAAAUAGACACCACCACCACCCCAAUCCUACUAAAUUUAAAAUAACACAGUCCAUUUAUUCUGGCAAAAAAUCAUUUGGAAAUUAUGUUUGCCAAAAUAUUUCUGUGGCUCUGAUCUUUUUCAAGUGGCUGCUUCUCAAUAAAAUCCAGAUGCCACCCAUCCAUAAGGCCCUACAGGCUGCUGUUUAUGUCCAUGAAAGAUGCCUUUGUCAUUCAUUAAUCUCUCCAAAGCUGUGGCAGGACAUGCCUAGUGGCUCCCAACAACAUGCAAUCCGUGGCUUCAGCCUGCCAAGUGUUGACACAAGCAGACAAAGAUAGCAUUCAUCUCCCAGGUCUGAAGAAGACUAAUGUGCUACAAAGAUGCCACCUAAAAGUUUGAGUUCCCCAGUAAAUCAAGAUAUGAGCAAUCAACCUUCUGUGUUUGCUUUGUUAGGGUAGCAUUUCGGUGGCUCCUCUCCUUCUUAAGAAUGGGUAAUUAAUGUUGGACUUGGCAAUAUCUGGCCCUAUUGUGAAUCAUCUGGGAAAAUCUUUGUUUGCUUUUAUGGGACUGGGUUUUGGCUGACCCUUUCUGUAAGCAUCCUUUUUAAAAGAGGAAGCUCACAAAAGUCUGUCUUUAAAGUUAGAUGAUCCUACAGUGCUCUGUUGCCAUCUAACAGUUAUUAAGCUCUUUCAGGUGUUUGAAAACAGUAAAGAACUGUGGCUUCUGGGGCAUAUUCAGACGCAGUACCUAGGAAGACUCCAGUGAAGGCUUUGUCUAUGUAAGCACACAUUGGCCUGAUGUGGUUAUGAGUGGACCGAGCAGCUUAAUUUCAAUUUUGCUGGACCACAAUCAUAAAUUCAUCCAGUCCCAUUUUGUUUGGACAUUUUUAAAACAAUGCAUGAAUAAAUUGUAUUUAAAUGAAAUGCAUUUUGUAUGCACUUUUUUGUACAUAAAACACCUAUUUUUCAAUAAGGUUUCACACCAAAACUGCACUGCAAAAUUCAGAUAAGUGCAUAAUCCAACUGGGAAUUUUGUUGUGAGCUGUAAGCAAAUACAGAAGUGUCAUACCAGGUCAGUGUGCUGCAGAAAACAGACCAAAUGCAUUCCUCCCCCAUUCCUAAAUGUGGUUUUAAAAUGUGACAAUUACUCAGAGGGAGAAGUGUGAUGAGUUGCCACAUUUAUGUAAUCUAAAUGUAUCAAAAUAAGAAUUAUUUUCACAACCAUACCUUUUAUAAUGAAACACGCACAGAGUCAGACUGCCUAUUCUUGCUUCCUGAAUACUUACUUAGUAGUAGGAUACAAUCUAGCAGUCGUUGCUCUUGCAUCACGUUGGGCUAUCUUUUUAAAGAGAGAUGGGAGUCACAUGAUAGAAACAUCCCAUGAUGUUCUUUCUAAUUUAUUUUGACCCAGUGUCAUCUCAGUUUUGCAAGUCAUCUUGAUUACAUUCUCCAACUGAACAUCACAACUUUAGACUUUUGAAUUAAUGUUGUAAUUAUUCUUACCCAAACCCUCACAACAGUUUUUGGUUCAUAUCAGUUUCACAUGUGUUUAUUUGUAAGUCUGUUCCAUCCUGCUUCCACAUUAAUCUGCUGUUUCUUAAAAAUGCACAUGGAGGACAUAAAUAUGUAUUUCUGGAAGUAUUCCCCCCCCCCAAAAAAAAUAUGCCUUUCUAAAUUUCUCUCAAAAUAUGCAUUUCUUCUCUCUCCCUCUCUUUAAAAAAACUUAUCAUAAAAUAUUCAUCUUUAUACUACAUUGGAACAUUUUAAAAGCCAAAAACUGCAAUGCAAAACCCACAGAAGUACAAAAUCCAAAGGAUAACUGUGUCAUCCUGUGAUCUCCGCAUUAGUCUGGGAGAUGCAGAGCAGAUCAGUUCCUAUCAGAAAUCACAAAGAACAAAUUCCUCAAGCAACCCUAGUUUUCUUCAGGCAGAUGAUUCCUUGUUGAAUUGCUUUUGUUGCUAGGAUUCCCAUCUUCCCACUCACGUUCAGCUUAAAGCACCAGUUGUUUUGCCUUCCCUUGAUGACGUCAUUUUGAAUGCUUGAAAACUCAAAACAUUCUCCCACCCCCAUCCCCUCAAAAAAACCCACAUGUUAUAAUCAGUUUGGUGAAAUAUAUAGGGUUGCAUCCAGUGUUGCUGUUCUACUUCCACAAUGAAACUUCCUCCUUCUCUCCCCUGCAAACCUCUGUGCACCCUCAAAUUCUGUUCCAAAAGGCUGGGGGAUAUUCUGGGAGGGGUGAGCUCAAGGAAGGGAGAGGAAUUGGAAGCCCCAUUCCAUAAGUGGAAGAUCACUCAUGUAGCAUUGGAUACUCAUAGUGUUGAGUUUGGACUGAGAAACCCAUAUUCAGAUGCCCAUUCAGCUUUGAAGGUCACUUGACUCUAACUAACCACACAUGAGAAUGAAAUGGUAGGAUGAACAGGACUGCUUUGGGGUUGAGUGAGAGGUGACUAAAAACAAAAACAAAAAACCUCCUAAUGUUUUUUCAGAUGCAAUAUACAGAAAAGAAACUUCCUUCCCCCCUCCCCCUCCCCAAGAGAGUACAACACAACAUGGAAGGAUGAGUGGAAUGUAUAAAUAUGCCAUUACACAAACUAGAUCCAAGUAGAAGAGAAGAAGGAGAGUUUGGAUUUGAUAUCCUGCUUUAUCACUACCCUAAGGAGUCUCAAAGCGGCUAACAUUCUCCUUUCCCUUCCUCCCCCACAACAAACACUCUGUGAGAUGAGUGAGGCUGAGAGACUUCAGAGAAGUGUGACUAGCCCAAGGUCACCCAGCAGCUGCAUGUGGAGGAGCGGAGAAUCGAACCCAGUUCACCAGAUUACACAUCCACCGCUCUUAACGAAGCUGGAGGUGUAACAGUGACUAGCUAAAUGCCUCUAGGAUGUCCAAAGGCAAUAACCAUCCCAGUCAGAUGUGCAGGGUAUGAAUACAACAACAACAACCCCUAUUUGUUCACACCAGGCAUCUGGGAUUCAGAGCUUUACAACUUGGGAACACAGAGGAAUUGGUUAUCAUCACUAAUAGCUUGUCUAUAGACCUCUCCUCCAUUAAUUUGUCUAAUAUUUUUAGAAGUCAUCUAAGCUAGUUCCCAGGGCAGGAAUGGGGAACCUGUGACCCUUCAGACAUUGUUGGACUCCAACUCCCAUCAGCGUCAGCCAGCUUAAUGAUUAUGCAGUGUCCGAAAUUGUACAUCUUUUUUUCUAAACUGAAUCUGCUGCCUGGCAAUUUUAAUUGAAUAAUUCCUAAGUAAUAAUUUUAUGAGUAAGAAAAAUAGCUACCACUUCCAUAGCAAUUUGUAAUAAAGGAAACAAUUCCUAUUUGCAUCUGUGGGAAUGACAUCAUAGUUAAAUUACACUGUUUGGAUAGGAUAGACUACUUACUGAUAUGUUUGUGGCGCAAUGCACAUGUAAUAGCUACACUGUGCACAUAACUGGAGAUUUACUUAUUGUGUCAGAUUUAUCUUAUGAAAAUGGAUGGUAUGGUUCCAUGGCAAUUGAGCCUUGGUGUAGAUAGUAAAGCAUUCAAACAAAUGAAAAAUGUGUUAUGAGUGCUAUGAGUAAGUGCAAUCUACGUGCAUGUAUUUUGUUUGUGCCAGCUGGCCUUCAUUGCAAGAGACCUUAACCAAGCUUUUGCUGUUGAAGCCCAAUUCUCCAAAAGUAAUUUUGAUGUCUCCUCUUUUCUGCUUUAGGGAUUUGAUGCCAAGAACUCUCGAUGGGCAGAUCACCAUGGAAAAAACUCCCAGCUACUUUGUCACCAAGGAAGCCCCUGCUCGCAUCUCUGCCAUGUCGAAGGGCACCAAGCUCAUUGUGGUGGUGAGAGACCCGGUCACCAGAGCCAUUUCUGACUACACGCAAACUCUGUCCAAGAAGCCUGACAUCCCCACCUUUGAGAGCCUGACCUUCAAAAACAGGACUACGGGCCUCAUUGAUACCUCCUGGAGUGCCAUCCAGAUUGGCAUUUACGCCAAGCACCUGGAAAACUGGCUCCUGUACUUCCCCAUUGGGCAGAUCCUCUUUGUCAGUGGGGAGAGGCUAAUCAGUGAUCCAGCUGGUGAGUUAGGCCGAGUCCAGGACUUUCUGGGCCUCAAGAGGAUCAUCACGGACAAACACUUCUACUUCAACAAAACCAAGGGUUUCCCAUGCCUGAAAAAGGCUGAAGGCAGCAGCAAGCCCCACUGCUUGGGCAAAACCAAGGGGCGGACCCACCCCAACAUAGACCAGGAAGUGGUCCAGAGGCUGCGAGAAUUCUACAGGCCCUUCAACAUGAAGUUCUACCAGAUGACUGGACAUGACUUUGGCUGGGACUGAGGCUGGGGAAAAUAAUAAUUUAAACAAAUAAAAAGGGAAAAUAUAUUUUUGUACAUAUCAAAAGAGAAGGGAAAUUAAUAUUUGUGCUAAUGUCUGGU